CCUGUAACUUCCUCCUGAGGUCUGGUGCAACCUGUGUACUUCUGUAUCCACCCUAACAGGAAAGGGCUGGAUUAACCUCUACAGGGACAGGAAAAGGCUCUCAAAAACAAGGGCUGUUCCCAUCUCUUGGCCCAGCCUUCAAGGGUAUUCCAGCCUGCCACAGGCAAAGCCCAAAUUGUGAGGUGCUGAUACUACAGUCCGCCUUCACUGAUCACCUGGCCACCCUUAUUCCUGCUCAGGUCUGCAUAUGGCUAUCAUUACUAAAUGGGGGAAAAUGUGCGCUCUGCACGUGGUCAGAGGCACUCUAGUUGCUCUUGUGUGCAGUGGCUUGAGUUUUGAGCUUGGACUGGGACAAAGUUCCCAGCUCAGCUGCAGAUCUCACUGGAUGGCCUUGGGCAAGCCGCUACCUCUCGACCCAGCCAACCUAACAGGGUUGUUGUGAAGAUAAAAUCAAGUAAUGCCUUGUACUCUACACUUGACAGAAUGGUAGGGUAUUUUGCCAACUCAGAUUAAUGUGAUAAGAGGCAUCCAUUUAAUGCAUGGCUGAGUACAGGCAUAAAAAAAGGGGGGGAGCUCUGGGGCUAAAAUUAAGCCCUAUCUAAGGUAACUAGAUUCAAAAGCAGAUAUGGCUCCUUUAUCUUUUACAGUUGCCUAGCCAGGGAAUGUUUGCCAGUGAAGCUUGUCAUGCAAAACUGAGAAGAGCUACAGUCACUGGAAUUCCCUCCACGAUACAGAUAGGGCUGCCAUCUGAUGGGGGGGGGGGAGGACCAGCCUGAUCUGCUCUUUGUGGCCCGAAAGGCCAUUUGAUCCACUGAAAUCAACAGGAGAAGCUUUUCAAGGCAUGAAGGAACUAAACAUUAUCACCAGCUAAUGCCUACUGAUCAAACUGUCCUUAAGGCAGUUUCAACAUUGCCAGCCAUAAAAACAAAACAAAACAAAACACUACUCCCCUCUCCUCCUGAUCCUCGGCCUUUAACAGCAGCCUUGGGUGCAUGAAUUUAACUGGUGAGGUUUUCCCCCAGCCGCUUAUUUUCCUGUUAGGUGAAAAAGCUUCACCUGGUGAAUUUAUACCUGCUGAGCUGCUGUUAAAGUCAAAGGAGAAAGGGCUGAAUGGGAAGUAUCUUGCAACCCUCGUACACUGCCAGUGACAGAAAGAUGUGCUAGUCAUAGGCAGUCAUAGCAACAGCUGCUCCCAGCAGAGGCUGACGAGGAAAUAAUGGCCUAGACUGGCUCCGCCUGGGCCCAUGACAUGUGUGUGGUAGGUAAGCACCACCUCCAGGGGGAGGAGGUAACUCCCAGUUCGCUUGGCCUGGGAGAGUUGCAGUUCCUUUGGCAGAAGUGCCAGAGAAGCAGGACUUGAGGUAGCCGCAGAGUUGCUCUUUCUCUCUCCCUCUCUCCGUUCAGCAACUUUUCUUAAAACUGCAGGAUCUAGCAUCAAAAACAGACACCAGCAGCCUUUCACCAGGGGGAACAACAAGAGCUGUGUGACAGAGCCUUGCCGGUUCAUUCGUUUUAAUUUUAUUUUCUUUGGACUUCCCCUGGAAAGAGAUUCCGUCGGCACUUGCUGAACCCUGGGGUUAACAUUAUGCAUUCCCUGUUCAAGAAGAGAAACAAAGGGAAGUACAGCCCGACAGUGCAGAAGAAAAGGUGAGCGUUGCACUCUGUUUACACAUGUCGUUCGACAUACGGAUCCUGCUCCAGACUAGGCAGCUUGUGGGGAGGAACAAGCAGGUGUGAGCUGUGCCUGUACAGUUUCAGAUCUCCAGGGCAGCCCUGGAGCUGUCGCCUAGAUUCUCCAGGGCUGUAUGUAGCUCAGUGGCAAAGAAUCUGCUUUGCAUUCAGAAUGUCCCAGGUUCAAUUCCUGGCAUCUCCAGGUAGGGCUGGGAAAGUCUCGCUGCCUGAAAACUUGGAGAGCCACUGCCAGGAAGUGUAGACAAUAUUGAGCUUGAUGGACCAAUAGGAGAGACAGAAGGGCCAUAUCUUAGUGGUACAGCAUCUGCUUUGCAUGUUGAAGGUCCCAGGUUCAUCUCCAGAAAGGGCUUGGAAAGGCUCCCCACUAGAAAUUCUGCAGAGCUGCUGCCAGUCAGUGUAGAGAAUACUGAGCUAUAGAUGGACCAAAGGUCUGAUUAAGUUUAAGGAAGAUUCCUAUGUUCCUAUCCGGACUUUUUACAUACCUCUAUUCUGUGAUCCAAUGUCACAGGAGCAUCAUUUUGCUAACAGCUUUCUUGGCAUAUAUCCACUUCAUUUCUGUUUUAAUAUGAAAUGUGCAGGAUCAAGCCUGCCACUAAGCUGCACCCUGUGCCCACCUUACCUUCACUACCGCCACCCCAAAUCUGGUACCUGGGUAGGUGGAUUAACGAGCAUAGCUGUCAACUUUUCCCUUUUCUUGCAAGGAAUCCUAUUCGGAAUAAAGGAAUUUCCCUUUAAAAAAGGAAAACGUUGACAGCUAUGUUAACGAGUGGUGUGCAACAGGGACUUUGCACAUGUUCUGUAGCAUUUCUGUGUUGUAUUACUCGUGUCACUGAGCCCUUGUACUGAAAGCAGGUUUGCUUUUGUUUUGUUUUGUUUGCUGUCUGUGUUCCUGUGUCUUGCGGCAGCAGCUUGAAAAGGCAGAUAUUUGGAAAGCUGCCUUUACCUGGCACAGAGAUCAGAUGACAGAGAAAGCUUUUCCAGGUUAAUUUCUGUGUGUUUGGUGGUUGCUGAAGAGGGCAAGUGAAAGAAAGGUCCAGAAACUUGAGUUGGAAGGGACCCUGAGGACCAUCUAGUCCAACCCCCUUCAAUGCAGGAAUAUAUACCUGUCCCUUACGGGAACCGAACCUGCAACCUUGGUGUUAUCAGCACCGUGCUCCAACCAGCUGAGCUAACUUCUUGACAUUCUGCUCCUAAAUAUGAAGAGUUAUGGGGUUACUAACGUGUGUGUGACAGGUACUCUGUGUAUCCUCAAUAGUACUUUCUCACACAUUAUUUCUCAUACCGAAACAAGAUACACAGUUUGAGCAGCCUGAUCCUGUGUACAUUUACCCAGGAGUCAAUCCCACUGGGUGAAAUGGGGUUUACCAUGCAGGGAAAUAUGCACACACAGACUGCAGCUUUAAUUUUCCUCUUCAGAAUAGUUUGAGAUUGUUGCCACAUUCCUGAACUUAAUCUCUCAGGGUGCGGCUUCAUCACCCUUUCUUGUUUUCUCCUCCCUCUGCUCCUCUUCUCAUCUUAUGCUGGCAUGCACCUGAAGUGUUACUUUUCCACAGCCAAAUAACAUGUUUCGAUGUGUCCUAAUUAAAACAGCAGCAACUUGCAUUGAUUUAAUAAGCGGGAAUAGAACAUACGAAGCUGCCUUGCACCAGGUUAAACCAUUUUAUAUAUCAAGGGGGGGGGGAAUGACCACAAAAUCAAGCCCAGAAUUGCCAGCUCUGAUUUGGAUAGCCCAGGUGAGAAACAGACAAGUGCUCUUGCAUCUUUAAUAGCUUUAUAGAAGAUCUUAUUGAGAUUGGCUUGCAACUGAAAUAACCUCAUACUCUGUCCCUGCCUCCAUUCUCCCCCAGUCCUCUGUUGCUUCUCUGUAGCGUUAUAAAGCCUCAUGCACAUAUAUAUGUUUUAAUUUAAGGUGCAGGAGCCCCAGUAUCUUAUGUACAUGACCGCCAUAACUCUGGCAGUGUUUCCUCUAUAUUUAUUGCAUUGAGUAUUUUAUUCUGUUUAUUACAUUUGCACACAGCCCAUCCAACUGAGCACUUUGGGCAUUUUACAAAAUCUGAUUCACAGUGGAAUAAAAUCACAACAGGAGAGAUCCCAGGAAAAAGCUGAAAUGUGCAUAAAACACAGCAAUUUAAAACCAGUUUUCAUGUAAACAGAUUUCCAAAGGAGGGAUUACGAAAGUGCUUCCUUGUGCUUUAUGAGGGUCUCUAUCUAGUGCAGUAGAAUUAUGGCUCAACGUGGACAUAUAAAGCUGCCUUAUACAAUAUAUAUAGAUUGACUUCUAAUCACACAAGCAUAGGUCUUCCCUGUCAUCAACUACCUGACCCUUUUAGCUGGAAAUACCAAGGAAUUAACCAGGGAACUUCUUCUGCAUAUAAAGUAUCUGCUCUGCCAUUGAGCACAGCCUCCCUGGUCUUGAGAUGCCACUAGAAGUAGUGAUACGGUAUGCCUCUGAGCAUGUACAAAGUGGCUUUCCUAAACACUACGUAGCCACCAUUAUAAUUUUAUUUCUACCCUGCUCUUCUUCCAGAUAGAUCAGUCUGGCUAAUUAGGACCGAUGUGCAAAAUUAGCUGCCAAGUAGCAGGCAGAAAUCCAUCAGGUGAAGCUUUCUACCAUGACUUGCUUAGCUUGCAGCAGCAGCAGCCCCUAAUCAGACGCAAUGUGCAAACCAACCAUGUUUGUUACCAUUCUCCCUUACCCAGUCUGUGAUUGUGGGGAAAUGUGUUUCAGGUCAGUGGGUAAAAACUUCCCUGCAAAGCGGAGGCCCAACAACUUAGCACUUCAGCCCUGUUUACACAACCCUCCUUUCUAAUCUUCCACUCUGGAGGCAAGUUUCAAAUUUCCAUAUAAGCAGGGGGGGAAAGUGUUCUUCCCUGGUCCUAACAAGCCCCUAGAGAAGCUGCAAGUCCGUUUGGCCUCAUUCCUUGAAACAGCCAUGUGGAAACUUUUUGUAUUAAACUUUGGACACGAGCUUGUGACAUUUCUUGGAACUUCAAGGAUCUCUCUCUCCCACCCCCAACAAAUGUCGUCUGGGGAAUCCUGUUAUGAUGAGGCACGAUGCAUAUUUUGUGUGGGCGUUGCGUUCUUGUUCCGGAGGGCUUGUUUUGGAGAAGCUGUCAGAAGGAGGGUGGCGACUUGGAGUUAUGAUCCUUUCUGAUGUGCUUUGUUUGCUAUUUGCUCUCUUUCAUUAAUUGUGCCAGCCACACCAUUUCAAAAAACAACCAACCAACCAAACCAUGAACAAUCUGGAGGAGAUUUAACCAGGGUGGGUCAUUGGAGUGACUUUCCUCAGCCUCCAAACCAUGUCAAGCCCUGCUAUAGGGUGGCUAUGUGGGUAGCUGUUAUUAAAUGUUGAAACACACACACACACAGCUGAGACAAGCUUAAAAGAAAGGGGUGUGCAGAGGGCAUGUGGGCAGGGGAGAGGUAUGAAGGAAAAAAAUCAAUUCAGUUUGCAAAUAAAGGUGAAGCUAACUAAUUUACAUUUCUCAAAAUCUGCAAAUCUCUGGAUUUUGCAGUGCAGUUCUCCAGCCAAGUAAUGUGUACUUAUACCAGAGUAAACUGCAUAAAGAUGCAUGUAUGAGCAGAAAUGCAUUCUAUUAGAGAAGGCUGCUUUGCAAAAAGUAUGCAAAAUUGCAUAUAAAAUUGCAUAUUAGGAGAAAUUGGCACUUAAAUGCUGAUGAACCUCCUUGAGGAUUUUUUUAAAAUCGCAAAUGGUUGUCAAAGUGUGGAGAACUGAAGAGUGAGAAAAGGAGAAACUGAAAUUGACAGAUUUGCCCAUCCCUGGCCUACAGCCAGUGAUUUUGUGGAGAGGGGGAAUUAUUGUAGAACUGCCAGGACAUAAAUACAGAUAGCCCAACAUGUUUAAACUUACUGAAAUGUGUUACUUCUUAGUGAGCGAUUAGGUAAAACGUUGCCUGCAUGCAGGAUAUAAAUACAUUGAACUAAUUAGCUAAUUAAUAUUUAGAAAACAUUUAAUAUUGAGGGUGGGCCUUACCAAAGGCUGAAUUUUGCCGGCUUUUUUCUGACCCUGCUCCUGUGCAGUUUGUACUAGCCAGACACUCAGAAAUAUAAUUGGUAUAGUUUUUCCCAAACACCUUUACCUCUGUGUUUGGCUACUGUUAAAAGCACAAUAUUUUUUAAAGGAAAGCUCUAUUGUUAUCCAGUCCAUGAAGGAUUUGCUCCACUGUUUUUGCAUGCAUAAAUAUGUCAGAAUUGGAAAGGAGCACAGCAUUGCCCAUCCAAAAAUACUGCUGGGGAUGGAAAAGAUACUCAAAACUCCGAGCAGAGACAGGCAAAUUGCCAUUCAUUUUGCUCAAUGACUCAUUGUAGCAAGAAGGGGAAACUGGAACAGAUCCAAGUUCCGCCAUGCAAUCAGCAUUUACAAAUUAGGUCUAGGGACUGGAUGAUCUUCCUAAGAAUCUGAAAGCGACAAUUGAUGGAGGGGGGCAUCCCAUCACGCAAUGUGACAGCUGCUCUGAAUUGCUGGGAGCAAGGUGGUGAAACUCCCAGAUAAAUCUAAGUGGGGUCUAAAUUGAGCUGGAGUGCCAUUCUGUGAAGUGCUUAGCAUGGUGGAUAAUCUACAAAACUAUGUAUUGGAGGUGCUACUGAGAGGGUGCAGCGGCACUUUGAGAGAUGUAACGGCAAUUGCCAAUGUGUUUUAUGUUUGCUAUGCACCAAAUACUGCUCUAUGAUUGGACACAAACAAGUGGGUUGUUUUUUGGGGGGGGAUGGGGGAACCCAUCAUGGUGGCAUGAUGUGCACAAUUCAUCAGGCUGUCAUUUUUUUUGUAAAACAACUUUGCAAGAUCAUGUCCAUAGUCAGCUUCUGUUGCAAAGUGACAAAAUCAGUGUCACCGUGUUUGCUUGUUUUUUGAGGUUAUAUUGGAGAAAUAAUGUGUAUUUAGUUUCAAUGCUACAAGGAGGUUUUCAAACUGGGCCCCACUGCCCUUUAAAAUGUCUUCACUGUCUAACAGCUAUGAUGCAGUGGUCAGAGAACAUUUAACAUUUUGGCCAGCGAGAGCAGAAUUAAAAAUCUCCACUUGGCAGAAGGGCUCACUGGGAGAGCAUAUGCCAGACAUUAUUUCCCAGUCUACCUCACAGGGUUGUUGCAAUAGUAAAGAAAAUCUAACCAAUAUGUCCAGGCACCCUGAACUCAGUGGAGUCAUUGUUGCAUUGCUAUUGUUUUGUUUUGUUUUGUUUUGUUUUGUUAUUUCCAUUCCCAUUGGACAGAUGAAUAUCUGAAGCUAAAACAACCUGCUUGUCUUAGCCCAGGGGUGCGGAAUCCUUUUUUUAGCCUGAGGGCUGCAUUCCCCCAGGGCAAACCUCUGGAGGCUACAUGCCAAGAUGGGGCAGGGCCACCUUUCAAACUGACCGCUGGAAACCUUCAAGAACAUACUUCUUCAAAGCAUCAUAUAGUUAAACUAUGAUUUUAAAAGAGAAUUUGGCAGUUGCAUUGACUUCAAGUGACUUCAAGUUGCAAUGACUAUGUUCUGCUUCCUCUCUGAGUCUGUAUGCCUCUGAAUACUGGUUGCUGGAGGUCACAGGUAGGGAGAGUGCUGUUGUGCUUAAGUCCUGCUUUUCGGUUUCCCAAAGGCAUCUCAUAGGCCACUGAGAGAACUGGAUGCUGGACUAGAUGGGCCUUGACCUGAUUCAGCAGGGCGCUUCUUAUGUCCCUACCAGUCCCUACCCGUAUCGUAAGCUGCUUAUACCAGAUCAGACCAUUGGCCCAUCUAGACCAAGGGAAUGAUCAGAAGGCACACAAGACAACCACUUUGCUAAAAAGAAGUGGUCUAGAUCUGGUUAUUAUUGCUUGGUUAUUAUUGCCCAGGACCCUUACAUUCUGCAUUGGAAAGAAAAGCAAGACAAAAUGUACUGUUCCAACAAACUGUUGCUGUCCAACAUCUGCAGCAGAAGUCUUUCCCAUCACUUGCUGACUGAGAUUCUUCCGACAUCAGGGAUUGCUUUCCUUCUUAGCCAUGGCAUGUGAUGCAGUGAUGCCAGAAGAGCCCUUGCAUAGCCCCAUCACAGAAAUGCUGGUAGGUAGGCAGUUGCUGUUUUUGCCUCUGGCAGCUUGCAUUUUUUAAGUUGCUGAAAGAUUUCAGCUGAAGGAUAUUUGGGGGAGUAAUUGUCCAUUGUUUAUCCUGCUCCUGUGUCCCUGAUAAGGGUUUUGCUGACAGGAAGCUCAUUUUAACACACCCUAUAUUUUUUUUCAAACGUAGGUUGCAAAUAAUCGCACUGCAAAGAAAGCUAUAAUUUAAUUGGGCUAAACACACUGUAUUUCUGAAUGCAAGGAGAGUCGAUUAUUUCAACCGUGGCUUCUCAUAGAGAAAAAAUGAAGGGAAACCUGCCCAGGACUGUUGAGCGGCAUGCCAGGCUCUGAAUUCCUGGACUGUCACUGGCGGUUGAGCUUUGGGGCAUGAAACACCGAGAAAAUGAUCUACGCAUCAUGCCUCCAUUAAUGGCAGCUUCUCCCAGGACUGACUGCUCCAAAGGGUUGAAAAUGGCCACACUGCCUUUGGCAUUAUGGGCUCUACUGGCUUUGCAUGACACUUGAGCCCCUAGGAAUUGUCACUGGCAAUGCUACCCCACUCAACCCAACAGGAGACUAUAUUCAGCUUUCCAGAAAGGCCAGCUCCAUCGGCUCUUCCUUUCCUCAUCUGUCACCUGGCAGCAGUCACUCCAUCAGUCUGCAGUAGAAACAGAGAAGGGAAGCAGAGUCACUCCACCAGCUCUGCUGAAAGUCACUAUGGGCUCAUCCUUCUCCUUGCACACCUUUAAAUUCCCGUCCGUCCUUUGUAACUAAGAACCAGGCUCAGGUGUUUGCUUUAUUCCUCCUUCCUCCCCAGUCCCUUUCCCUUUUGUAUCCUUUUGUAAGCCUGAGGGCCAGAGCCAUCUUCAUAUUGAUCUUUGCAAGCUGCUCUGGGAGCUACUUUCGGCUGAAGAGCAGAAUAAAAAUCAGAGUAAAAUGAGCAGAGUAAAAAUUUAGCUUCAAAGAGCUAAAUCAUAAGUGUAUGAUGCAAAGGGAGGAAAGCAGUUGGCCUUCAGGAUUGUGUGGAGUCCCAUUUGGACUAUAGGUGUGGCCAGAGGCCAAAAGUGGGCAGAGUAGUGAGAUGUGACGUUUACCCCUGUAGAGGUGGCUACAUUUCAGGCAGCCAAAGUCAGAGGUUUCUAGACAAACACACAUAUACAGGACACAGCUCUUCAUCCUCUAUCCAGGCAAGCAAGAGGUGUUAUCACAGUUCAAGGACACAUUCACCCCAGGAAAUGUGCUUGAGAAGCAGGACUGGUGAGAAUGUGUGGCUUGAGAGAGAGGGUGUGGAUUGGGAAGAGUUCCAAGGGCCCGACAGAGAGGUCUGGGGGGCCACAAUCAGCCUCAUCAGGCCUGAGGUUCCCCACUCCUGCUUCAAAGGACACAUGGGGCCAUACUGUGAAGUACCAAUACCUCUUGCUAUUGCCCUCUUCUUUGCUCCCAACUUAAACAAUAAGCACGCAUGCUGCUAUCGGAAAACCAACCAGUUUUUGAUAACUCACAAGGGUGUAGGUCGGACUAGCAACUGAGCAAGGGCACUGACUGGCAGCUAGGCAAGGUCAUGGAGACCGGUGAGGCAUCCAUUUCUUGCUUUGGCUGAAGGACAUAAUUCUGGUUCUCUGCCAGUAGCAAGUCCACAGAAAUGUGCCAGACCUAAUGCAGUAAGACAUUUUAUACACAGCCCUUCAGCCAAUCAGAGGGCUCUGCUUUGAGCCAGUCAGGGCUUAGAAAUGUCUGUAGACAUAAAGCAAGGGUUGUAAGUUAGUGGUAGAACAUCUGCUUUGAAAGAAGAAGGUCCUAGGUUCAAACCCUGACAUCUCCAGGAGAGACCCUGUCUGAGAUCCUGGAGAGUUGCUGCCAGUCAGUGUAAACAAUGCUGUGUUAGAUGGACCAUUGGUGUGACUUAGUAUACAGCAGCUUCCUUUGUUGCUGUUUCUAGGAAAUAGUGGAGAGAAGGCAGGAAGGCUCUUUUUAGGGUCUCCAGUAAGGUUCAAUUCGACUAGUUGUUGUUGGCAUCCAUCUGUCUCGAGUGACAAUGGAGUGUGCCUCGGGAGAGGGGGUGAAGUCAAACUGCUGCGUUAGCAGCACCAAAGUGACCUCCUUGGGGUGCAAACCUGGGCAGUGGUAUGUAGGGUUGAGCGAUAACUGGUUUUCGAUGUUGCAAUAUAUCAGCAGCUAAACAUUGCAAUAUAUCGAUAUAUCACGAUAUCUGAAAUAAGGAAGGAACUACGCAGAGGCAAACAGGACAAUGUCCUGGCAGUUGCUACUACUUAAGGGUCUAAAACUGAUAAAUGAUGAUAUUAUCAAUCACUUCAUGGUCACUUUCAGCAGCAGGCAAGCCAAAAUGCAUUCAAAUGAGACUUUUGGUUUUGCGCUUGGCUACCAAAUGGUGGUAUUCAGGACAAUCCAAAGUACGGUGAUGAGUCAGAGUGAGUGCAAAUAAUCUGGGACUGUCAGCAGCCUGGUGGUGGCAGAAUCAACAAGGAGGGGAGGGGGGCAGAAGCAGCGUCAGCCUGGCAGCAGGGGCACAAUAAUCAGCAGCCUGCGAAGCCUCCUCGUGGCAGUGGCCGGGGGGUGGCAGAAGCAGCGGCAGCCUGUGAGGCUUUGUUGAUAUAUCGCCCAGCCCUAGUGUAUGGAGGUCCUCGGCUGCCCAGACAACAAGACCCCCUUCUUCGCCUCACUGAUGUGGUCCAAAGGAAAGCAGAGCAAUCCGUUUGGCACCAGCUUGGCUGCAGGAGUUGCUAGAAGGAGAAAUCUAAGUUACCACCCAAUCGUCUUAGGGGCUCCACUCCAGAUCUGUGUAGGAUUUACUCAAAGGUGGAUGUGUACUAUGCAUGUUUCUCCUAUGACAUUGAUCUUCGAUCUUGUUCCCCCAGAUAUUGUUGGACUACAACUCCCAUCAUCCCCAGCCAGCUUAGCCAAUGAGCAGGGAUGGUGGGAAUAGAAGUCCAACAACAUCAGGGAAACCCAACACUGACCUAUAAGAAGGCAUGGGAAAUUUUGUUUAGAGGGCUCACAUGUCAUAUUUAGGCUUCAGAGAGUUAAUGACAGCAGUGCUCAGUUGCUUCCAGCUGUUGUGGUGGCAUCCAGGCCUUGGAUGUGGCAAAGAAACCCAAGUUCAUAUUUCUGCUUAGCUGCGUGGCUCACUGGCCAGCCUUGAGCAAAUCACUUUCUCUCAUCCAUCCUCACAAGAGCUUUGUGAGGUAGGUUAUAAUGUUGCUUUAAGCUCCUUGGAGCUCAAAUGCAGCAUAAAAAUUAUUCCAAACCUUUCGGCUGAUUAUGGCAGAUAUUGGCUUCUCUGCUUAUAUAACAUACUCAAUGAAUCUCGUGUCACCGACAAAUUUCUCGUGGCACAAACCACAGUAAAUCUGUUAGCCUGGCUUCUCCUUUCUGAGAUUUGGUCACCUUGAAGAUGAUCUUCUCAACCACAAGAGGCAAGACGCUUCAUUUCUUUUAAUGAAGACUCAGCUUCUAGAGAAAAUUAUGCUGUAGAAUGAAAGUGGCUAUUUAGCUGAUCGCACAAAUUCCCUGUUGGCCACAGAGUCCUGUUCACAUGGCAUUGUGGAACAGCCAACCUUAUUGUUUGUUAUUUAUUUAUUGCAUUUGUAUCCCUCCUUUCCUCCACGGAGCUUAAGGUGGUGUACAUGAUUCUCCCUUCACCUCAUUUAAUCCCUCACAACAGCCUUGUAAGGUAGACCAGGCUGAGAGGCAGUGACCUUCAUGGCCAGGUGGGGAUUUGAACUCCAGUCUCCCAGGUCUCAGUGCAGCACUCUGACACCAUGCCCCACACUGACUCUCUUGAUUGACUCUUUAUUGUAUUUCCUUGCUCAAGGUAGAGGGUGAAAUGUUCAUCAGUUCAUUUAGUGCUUUGAAAACAACCCUAGUAAUUAAUACUCAGUGCACCGGUGAAAUGUGAGUUGUUAUUCCCACUGCAGUUUUGAGUGACAAAUUCAAAACAAGCAUGAUGGUGAUGUGGUUGGUGGUGAUGACAGGAAGGAAUUUCAGUGGAAGUCUGGGGAGAACUGAACACCUGUAGCUGGAGAUCAGUGUCUGAUCUUAAAGGUGUACAGGCCAAGACUCUGCCUCUGCACCCCCUCUCUCAGAAAAGCCUUGAAAGGAAGAGAAGGCAACAAAUUCAGGGGGCCUCCAACUUACAUAAUGUUGCAUGAAGAAAUUCAAGCAUCUCCCAUAACUUUAGGUUUGUAUAAUUACAGUAGGUUAAAACAUUCCAUUGCCCCAGAAUAGCAAACCCACUUAAAAAAUAAAGACUUCCUACAGUUAGGAAGGUGAAGGGGAAAUGCACUGAAAAGUGUGGGAUGAACAAGUUAUUAUUUCAGAAUACCGUCCCCUUGCAGUAUUAUUGCAGGUUUUGGCUAUUGUUGGUUCAGAUUAAUGUAUUGUCUAGUAAUGCAUAUAAUGAGUUAAACUACUUGUACUGAGCUAGAUGUAGGCAUGUGAGAAGACAGCGAUCACCAUUCUGACUAGUUUUCAGCAGAAUCAGUGCUGGUUCUGUUCUGCUGCACUUCGGUUUCUGCCAAAUAGUAUGUUAUUUGUCUCACUGCCUGCUAUUUAAUGUAAGUUACGUAACUUACAUUCUUUCAAUGUAAUGGAAAUGUCAAACCAAUGUAAAAAAAAAGUCAUUAAUUACUUGUCAUUUGCAGACCUAAACAAGCAACUACAAUGUGAACAGAUACCAAUUGCUUUCGCUUGACUAGUUUCUGUUCCUGACCACCGUGAACAAAAGAACCGUAGCAAUUUCUGCUUCCUUUUCCAUUUUUGUCGGACUUCUCUGACAUCCCUAGCUGGAUGUAACCCAUCCUGGGACUGCAUGGUGAAGAGUAGACUCAAAGAACGUAAGAAGGGCCUGCUGGAUCAGGCCAAUGGCUCAUCUGGUCCACUGUUCUCACAGGGGCCAACCAGAUUCCUGUGGGAAACCUGCAAGCAGGAUUUGAGCACAAAAGCCCUCUCCUCUCCUGUGGUUUCCAGCAACUGGUAUUCAGAAGUAUUUCUGCUUUUUAACCUGGUGGUGUAGUCAUCAUGACUAGUAGCCACUGAUAGCCCUCUCCUCCAUGAACAUGUCCACUUCUCUUUUAAAGCCAUCCAAGUUGGUGCCCAUCACUGCCUCCUGUGGAAAUGAGUCCCAUAGAUUAACUAUGAGCAGCGUGAAAUAUCAAUGCAUAUAAUGCAUAAUAAAAUAAUAAUAAUAAUAAUAAUAAUAAUAAUAAUAAUAAAUUUAAUAUUUAUACCCCGCCCAUCUGGCUGAGUUUCCUCAGCCACUCUGGGCGGCUCCCAAUCGAGUGUUAAAAACAAUACAGCAAUACAGCCUUCAGAUGUCGUUUAAAGAUAAGAUAGAUGCUUAUUUCCUUCACAUCUGAAGGGAGGGCGUUCCACAGGGCAGGCGCCACUACCGAGAAGGCCCUCUGUCUGGUUCCCUGUAACCUCACGUCUUGCAAUGAGGGAACCGCCAGAAGGCCCUCAGCGCUGAAUCUCAGUGUCCACGCUGAACGAUGGGGGUGGAGACUCUCCUUCAGGUAUACAGGACCAAGGCCGUUUAGGGCUUUAAACGCAUAAAUGAGUAACUGAGAACUGUGGGAGCAAUUGGGAUUUUCUGCCUCAAAAUAUAUGUCUCUCUGUGUGGGUGAGGCAUGGAGGUGAAUAAUGAGAUCAGAGAAGAGGGACCCAUGUCUGUUGAUCUGGCCCUGAAGGGAAAGGGCUAGUGGGCGGGGGAACCAGGGUUGGCAAACUGUCUCUGGGUUCCACACAUCCCCCUACCCAGACCACCUGUAGUAAGCUUAUGCCUCGUUCAGACAAGUUCAAGCAGUCUGCGCCAGUGUGGAAAUGGGGAAAACUGAACUUAAUAUUGGAAAAACGAGAAACGGAGAGAAACAGAAGCUGGUUUGCUUUUGGCUUCCCAGUUGCUAAGAAUCCUUUUACUUAGCACUUUGCAAUUUGAUGUUCAGGUGUUCAGGUUUCCUGUUUUGGUCGUGUGUGUGUUUUGGCAGGCAAAUGCCUGCAGCCUGAAGGUUUGCUAUGUUUGGAAUGUGCCUUGAGUUGACACCCCCUCAAUUCCACUUUGUUCUUCUGAUGCCAUUCCUACCUGGUCCUAGGUGCUAAGACAUACCUGCAGGGACUUUUGCAUUUUUCUCACCCACUUUCUUCUUUCAUCAAGGAGCAGGCAGGGUGUCACCAAGAGCUGCAGUACUGAAAUGGGGGUUUCUUUAAAACUCUCAUGGUAGAAAAUUCUGGGAACUGUCUCUACAGCUGUUCACUGUUAGUGAAUCAAGCACUCAGUGGGAAAUCCAUUUUCUCCUGUUUCUUUGGAGCUAAUCUUGACAUGUGCUCGCUGACAUCUGAAGAUGCUGAUAAGCUGGGCUUUUCCCCACAAAGCCUUUCCGUUGUCAUAUUUUUGUUCUUAAAUGGGAUGGAGAUAUCGGGAAGCAGCCAAUUAUUAACCAGACAGUCUUUGUGAAUGCUUAUCUACCUGGACUAGGUAGGUUGAAUGACAUUGCAAAAUCCUAUGUGUGUCUACUCGGAGUCAGAAGUAAGCCCCAUUGAAUUCAGUGGGGCUUACUCGCACAAGAUUGCAGGCAAACUGGUGUGAACAGAAUAAGACAAAAAUUCUUGGAUAUGAUGCUUGAAAAUAGAAUGGAAGUGUGAUCAAUGUUAUUGUACAGGCAUCUCCCCACCUGCGAAUGAUCAGCAUGCACACUCCCUCUGAUGUGCACAAUGUUUUCGGCACCAAAAGGAGGUGGGGCAGGGGCAGAAUGGGGUGGGGAGGGUUCCAGUGCAGUAGCCGAGAACAGAAACCCCACAUAAGUGGGGGUUCCCCUGAAUUUCAUUCAUUGUUCUGCAUAUUGUGUGUGAGAGAGAGAGAGGAGGAGGGAGGGGGAGAAGAUAGAUGGUCAUGCUAAGUUCAAAAGGCCAAGAUCUCACACAGAGCAAACAAGUGAAGGGAUUCUCUGGAGCUUUCUUGAUGAGUGAAAUCCACAACGGGCGGAAAUUGUCCAAUUUUGUUCUUUUGUUCAGCUACACUACUUUGUGUCAGCUGAGGACUGCAGAUGAAAUUGUCCAUAGAGUUGUGCAAGUAUAAUUGAGCAAAUCUGUCAUUUUGGGUUUCUCUCGGUUUCUUGUUUUUCCAAUCUUAAGUUCAGCAUGUUUGCAUUUUUUAAAAUUCCCCAUGAAAAUUCAACUGAACCGAGCUGAAGACUGGAAGAACAAAAAACAGAGAAACCAACAUUGACAGAUUUGCCUGCCCCUGGGUGCACCUAAGGGGAACAGCCAUGGUGGGAAAUGCAAAUGGUCUGUUUACGUGCAACAAGUGGCAGCGAUUGUGAGGAGGGAAAACCCAUGUGGUCCUGAAGUCACAAUUUUUAAGGGUGCAAGAAAAGAGAGCAUAUGGCACCAAUUAAAGAAAAAGGGGAGUGUCUACUGCAACGAGAAUGUGUGCUUUUAACAUCACAUGCUCUCAUUUUUUUUAUAUAUGCAUAUCUUGCUAGAGUCACUAACCCACAGCCUUAGUGUUCCAUGUUUGUAAAAUAGAUACUUUUUAGGGUUGUCAAAUCUUCACUAAACUUCAGUGAGGUAUACACAAAACAAAAGAGCAAAGAUGGCAAAGUCUUUUGCAAAGUGCUUGUACAUGAGACCUCCGGGUAUAGGGUGGUACGUAUAUAAAUUCAAUAAAUAAUGAAUACAGUGGUACCUCGGGUUAAGAACUUAAUUCGUUCUGGAGGUCCAUUCUUAACCUGAAAUUGUUCUUAACCUGAGGUACCACUUUAGCUAAUGGGGUCUCCCGCUGCCCCCUCCACGCAAUUUCUGUUUUUAUCCUGAAGCAAAGUUCUUAACCCGAGGUACUAUUUCUGGGUUAGCAGAGUCUGUAACCUGAAGUGUCUGUAACCUGAAGCGUCUGUAACCCGAGGUACCACUGUAAUAAUAAUAAUGAUGGUAAGCAGUUUCUAGUGCAGAAGGGUGAGUAAUUUGUCCCGAAGAGCCUCCAGGAUUCUUUGGCAAAAGAACCUCCUGCUGCUCCACCCAUGCCCUGGCACAACAGAGGGAGGCCCAGGGUGUCCUUCCAGUAAAUAAACAGGUCCUUUGACCCCCUCCAAGAAUAGCUAAGCCACAGUGUUUAAUGAAAAAGAAAACCAAUCUCAGCCAAAUGGAUACUAGUACCAUCUGUUCUCUUGAAUGGCUCCACACUACAUCUGCCUUCCAUUAGUAGUUCAUGUCGAUGUCUUUACUCAGAGUUUAAUGUGGGCUUGCGUUCGCCAGUGCCUCUGACCAGGUGCAGAGAGAGAGAGAGAGAGAGAGAGCUCACCCUGAAGCUCUGAAUCUGAGGAUGACUGUCUUAGGAGUUUUACACCUGGUCCCUGCUCCUGCAACCACAGACCCACCAAGUUCCUUUAUUGUAUUUUUAUAGCAGUCUUGAAAUCAGGCACUCCCCUGACUCCUUAGGCAGGUUGAUAAAGCUUCCUCUGUAGUCUUUGCCAACUUGUGUUGAAACCCUGAAGUCACUGAAGGAAAGCCCUGCCAAAGGCUCAUCUAGUCUAGCAUUUUGUUCUCACAGUGGCCAAGCAGGUAUCCCUAUGGGAAGUCCGUGAGCAGGAUUUGAUCAGAAGAGCACAGUCCCUAUUUGAGAUUCUCAGCAACUGGUAAUUCAGAGGCAUACUGCCUGCAACAGUGGAAGAAGAACAUGGUCAUUGGGAUAUCCAAGGGGGUGGCUAUCACUAAAUCUGAUUUAACAAUAUGCUGUGUCACGCUGGCCACGUGACCCGGAAGUGUCUGCGGACAGCGCUGGCUCCCAGCCUCUAGAGUGAGAUGAGUGCACAACCCUAGAGUCUGUCAAGACUGGCCCGUACGGGCAGGGGUACCUUUACCUUUACCUUUAGUCAUUUUCUGGUUGUUAGCAUGAAUGCAGAUCUCUGUUUUGAAGACCAUUCCAGUAAUACUGGCUGCAUAUUUUUAAUGGGUGUGAUAACAAGUUAGGUUCAGGAAAUAAGAAUAACCAGGAACAAUAAUGUCCUAUUUGCAACAGGGUAAGAUUUUUAUUUUUUAUUUUUUUAAAAAACCCUCAUAUUUCACAUCUAAAAUCUCAUUCCAUAGUGGAUGAGGUCCUGGGUGUUUCCCCACUGCAACUCUGAACUACUAUUAUCAAACCGGUUUAACUUUCAUCAUAGCCAAGUAAUUGCAGUAACAAUAAUUAUGUGAAGAGUCUAAGGCUCUCACACCUGCAACAAAAACUGCAAUCUCCAGAGUUCUUGCAGAGUAUGGUGUGGUAAUGGUGGAAAUUCAGCUUUGCUUCCAUUUAAAUUAGAAACUAACUAAUUUGCACUUCUUGAACCAUAAUGCAAAACACAGUGCUAUUUUGAAAUUCAUUCACCUCUGAAUUUUGUAAUGCAGUCCUCCAAGCAAGAACGUAUCCAAAAUGCAUGUAUUAGGGAGGAAUGUCCAUAAAAGUGUUUGCAUUCAUGAAAGGAACAUGGAAAAAUGCAUUAUAUUAGGGAAAACUGCUUGCAAAAAUGUUUUUAUUAGGAUAAAUGUUCCCUUGAAUGCAUAGAAUUCAUAGAAUCAUACGUUUGUUUUUUGCAAAUUGCUACAGAAAUGUAGAGAACUGAAUUUAAGAUUGGAAAAAUGAGAAACUCUCUGAGAGAAACAGAAAGAGCAUGCCAGCUUAAAAAGGGAAAGAAAAAAGUAUCUCCCUAGCAAAUGUAAGAAUAAGAAUAAAAAUAAAAUAAAAGCUACAUUGGUUGUGGUGCAGAGUUGAUUUUAAGGCACCUUUUUUCCACAGCACAUCAGCAUUCAUGCAUGGAAUAAAUCACAUGAGAGAACUGGUGCCAAACUUGCUUUGGUGCGAUGGAUGGGGAUGUGAUGGGAAACCGGAGGGGGAAUGGAAUGGAGUACUCUGAAAAAACAUCCAUGGCUGGCUGGAGCCCUGGACAGGAGCAUGUCACACUGCAACAUUUAGCUGCAAGUCCCACUUGUGUAAAUCAGUUUGGCACGUGCAGCUUCUCAGCGGAGCUGCUAGGGAGGGUUUUGUUUCUCCAGCCUUCUGCUGACCAGAGUCCAGUGGUAUCAUUUUGCCUGCCUGGCAGGGUCUGAAAGGCAAACUGAAUGGUUAUUGUCCCUUCCACAAUACUGUUCAUUUGCUGCUGGUAUAUGAAGCCUGGCAGGAAUGGCAUGCCUUUGUUGAUCGAGCAGAGCUACAGUGACAGACACCAAGCUUGAAGUUUAAUACAAGUGGAAUGAAUGUGAAGCCUGCGGUAGGCCAAAACCAACCAGAAAAAGUGCAUUUGCCCCCAGUUGUAAGUUUGGGUGAAUUGACUUCUUGUGACCCAAUGUAGGAGUAUUUUCCCUGAGUCUGUUGCACCUUAUUAUACUGGAGGAGUUUCUGAUGCUAAUGAUAAUACUCAGGGCACCUCUAGAAGUGCUUUUUACCAUGUAUUCACGAUGAUUUGCACUCAUGAUGCUAUUGGGGUAGUUAUAUGUGCUCCUGCUUUCAAAUAAUGUUUACCCCUGCAAAAGUUUUAGGGCAGACAUACUGCUUUGUUUACAAUCAGUGCCUGUCCCAGUAACUCCCUGCUGAAAUCCUGUAGCUUCUUGCACUGAAAAUGUUCUUGUUUAUUUUCUUGCACUAUAGUGCAAGUGUUUCCUUCCAGUAACAGUGGGGAAGCAUCACAGAACGAUGAAUCAAGCAGAAUGAUGAACGGACAGUUCAGAAUAAAUUCACUGCUAAUGCACUGUUAUUGCAUCAAUAACAUAUUGCAGAAUACACCUGCAAAAACGAAAUAAAAAAUGCCAAACAAACUAAUCUAACUUAUCCUAUCUAUAUAUAUAUUGGGGGUGGGUGGGUUUCAAAGCAAUUCAAACAUUCAUAAUCUUGGUGGCUUUAUUAUUAGCCACAUUUCUCAGAUGUGGCAAUGGCUUGCUUCGAGCUACCUUGUGAGUUUGUGGCCAAGGUGAGAACUGAACUGGGAUCUUCACACUUCUUAGGUUCAGCUCAUGCGUUUCACCACAUGUGUUUGUUGUGAUGGCUCUGUUGUGAGCGCAGUAUCAGUUGGUUCUAGCACAUGAUAAUUUUCUGCAGUAGCCAAUUAGUAAUAGCAAACCCAUCCUUUGAGUGCAAAACCUUAUACAGUCGUACCUUGGUUCUCGAACAGAAUGCGUUCUGGGAGUCCGUUUGACUCCCGGAACCAUUCGAAAACCAAGGCGCAACUUCCGAUUGGCUGCAGGAGUGUUCUGCAGCCGCAGAAGCCAUGCCAAAUGUUCAGCUUCCGAAAAGCAUUUGAAAACCGGAACAUUCACUUCCAGGUUUUGAUCAUUCGGGAGACGAUUUGUUCGGGAGCCAAUGUGUUUGGGGUCCAAGGUACGACUGUAUAUCUGAAACAUCACCAUCCAUGCAGAAUCAGGUGGCGGGGGGGAGAGCCCUCAGACAGGGAGGUGGGGAGACCAAAACAGCCGCCCCCUGGUCCCCACUUUCACAGGGGGAGAAUAUUUGGGAAAUGGUGGUGGUGCUGAUUUUGACCAUACCUUGACAAUUAGAGGACAAUUAACGCUGAUGAAUUUUCGUGGGGUCUUUUUCACCCUAAUUUUGCAAACUGUAGUGGAAACAUGGGGAACUGAACGGAAGAAGGUUGGGAGAAAAUGAGAGAAAUCGGAAUUGACCAAUUUACCCAUUCCUAUCAUUUGCAAGCAAAAGCUGCAUUCUGUUUCUUAAGGCAUCAUUUAGGAAAACGGGGGGGAGGGGUUGGUUGGUUGGUUGGUUGUGGUUGUCUGCUUCAGUUUUCACAAGCCUAGGAAUGCUGCUGGCAUAGUUCUUCCAGUGCACAAGCCUCUCAUUAGACCUUGCCCCUUGUUCAGGAUCUCUGGUUGUUCCUGUCCGGAUGCUGUGCUGCUGUCUCGUUUCCUGUCCAAAACUGUCAGUCAGAGGAGCCGUGAGUCACCCUCCGUCCGAGAGUAUGCUUGGCUAGGAGAGAGAACAAGUUUGGCAAGUCAAGAGGCAAUUGCUUAGUAGGAACAGUGCUGUAUAAGCAGGAGGGAGGUUCUGUCAAGUGCCAGGCUUUCAUCACUCUAGCACAGUAAUUCCCAAACUAUCUGCCACGAGGGAGCAGCUAUUAUGGUAUGAGAAAUAAAUGAAACAACCAAAGAUUUCCAUGAGUCCAAAUCACUCAUUCACUGUCUGCAGAGGUGGUUGCCUGUUGUGUCCCUGUGUGCUCUUAUCAGGGAGUCAUGCAGAAGGCUAUUCCUGCUUUUGCAUAUUUUAACCCUUUGCAAUGUAAGCAGGGAGACUGCUUCUAAUUUGGAUUUGGGGGCGGCUGGGUAGGCAGGCAGGAAUGCGCCUCAAGUUUCAGAACUAUAAGAAACAGUACUCUAAUCCAGAAGACUCCGCAAACAAGGGUGACUUAGUUUUCAGAAGAAUCCCACUGAGUUCUAUGGGGGAAGCCUCAGUGGACUGAAAUUUGAGACAAGUGAGAGAGGGGAGAGCGUCUGCUUCCUGAAGGAGACAAAUUACGGAUGAUAGGACAGCAGGCAGGCUUAGCCUUUGUCUAACCCUGUUAGGAUCUCUGAUCUGUAGUAACUCCCAUGCUGAUUUACUGACCAUCUCAGAGUAUGGUUCAUGGGGUUCAAAAGGUCAUUGGCUCUGCCCCAUUUUGGACCUGGUUCCGCCUUCACACAAACCACUGUUUUGAGCUUUCCUCUACUUGAUGGACUUCAAGGUUCCAGUAAAAAAACAAAAAGGUAGUUUCUGCAAGCCUGAAGUUUGGCCAGAUCUUGACCACAUAUAAUCAUCACAAUAAAUAAGAAUUAACAAUAAUAAAUAAUGAUAACCCGCUGGAGAAGCACAGCGCCUGCUGUGGCUGCAGAGACUUGUACCUGCUGCCUCCCAUGUUGCUUUUGCUGCGCCCAAAUAUUUUAUUCUAGUUGGCACCCCUGUAAAGGCUGUUUCAUAAAGGCAACAGCAGUUGGCUUUGUGGCUUGACACCAUCUUGGAUUUGCCUCUACAGUUUGCUAUUUUGCCCCAACUCUGCCAAACCGGAGCCAGUGUCACUUCCAGAAAAAGGAGGAUGUUCCAACUCCACUGCCCUCAAGCAAAGAUUGCAUGACUAGGCUUCAAUGUAGGAAACUUGAUGGGGAAUGACCAAGGCAGAGUGGCAUUGGGUAGAAGACACUAAUCUCUUCUGGGUGCCCAGAGGCCAUCAUGGGUGGAGCAUCAACCACAACCUGCUAGACUGCAGACACCCAUCUGAAUUGCUGAAUGCUUCCUCUCUUGUCCAAAGACUCAUCAAUGGCCAGUUGCCAACUUUUGUCCAUGGGCAGCUCCUGUGGCUCCUACAGCAGCAUGUCAUGGAUGAAUUAAACUUUACCCACCUCUUAAUUCCCUACUAGGGAUAAAUUUCACACAAUUUAUGCCUGUCCAGUUGCUGUUUAAAAGCACAGAAGCAGGACCAGUAAAAAGAAAUUGGCAAGUGUUACACAUACAUGGCUUUGAUCUUUAGCUUUGGGCAAGUCACUAUCUACUAGCCUUGGUUCCCCCCCAGCAUUAAAAUGCUGCUAUCUGCAACCAACCUCACAGGGUGCUCGUUUGGGUGAAGGUUAAAGUUGUAAAAGCAUUUUGCAGAUUAAAAAUUAGACUAGCUAUGAAAGCAAAGUGCUUUAUAAACAUUUAUCUUCACCAGAAAAAAGUCCUUCAAACCCUACACUGAAGUAGUCUACUGUUCUUUUGAUUUUACUGACUAGUGUAGUCAACUGCUGCUUUUUGUAGUGUUUAUUUUGUAAGGUGUUAGGGGCUGAGUGCUUCGUGGAAUCCCCUCCUCCUCUUAUUCCAAAAAUUGUGGCCAACUGGCUGCAGUUACUUGGUGGUGAAUUAAAAGCACUUUGCAUAUGCACAGGGAAACUCUUGCUCCUUCUAUCUUAUAUCCCUGAGUGAGCUCCUGGCUGGCUGUGAUCUGCUGUUUCAUCCUUCUUGAAAUCUCUUUCUCUCUUCGCAGCAUAUCCAGCAAGGAGUUGUCUGAGCUGAUUGAGAAGUUGCAGAAAAAUGCUGACCAGGUGGAAAAGAACAUUGUGGAAGCAGACUCUAAGAUGCAAAACGUGAGUUUAUUUUAUUUCAGCAUUCUUAUAUACCACUUUUAAUUUUUUAAAAAAAAUAACCUCAACAUGGUUUUUACAUAGAAAUGAAUCAUAUCAAUAAUGGUGCAGCAAUAAAAUUGCUAGUACAUUUGCAAAGCUAAGCAGGGUCUGGUGUGGUUUCAAAUAGGAUGGGGCCGUGUGUUGAAAUUCCUGUACUAGAUGACCCCCAGGAUCCCUUCCAACUCUUAUGAUUCUAUGAAUCAAAAACCACAAAAAACUUAGAUAAAAAUGCUAUUAAAAACUAGCAAUAAAAUAAGAUCAGUAUAAAACACAGAACCAGAGGUUGAAAAAAAGUAACAUUAAACAAAAUGUGGCUUCUGAACAUUUGGGGGAACCAAAUAAGGUGACAUCCACACCAUAUAUUUAAAACACAUCUAAAGCAAAUGGCGUCCUCCAGAAAAUCUGUAGUUUGUUAAGGAUACUGGGAAUUCUCUAACACAGCGUUCUCAAAACCUGUACAAAACUACGUUUUCUAGGCUUCCUUUUGGGUGAAACUUCAAUUCAGACCAGUUUAAAUGUAAAUGCAGCCUAAGGUGACAAAUGUCCAUCUCUAAUUAUACAAUUCAGAUUGUAAAAUAGGCUUAAUUCCUACUUUCUAACCUAGCAAUGAUUAUUGUUUUGCAGGGCUUGUCCUACCAUUAGGCAGUGGAGGCAUUUGUCCCUUAGUGCUGCCCCAUCGACCUUUGUCUGCCUUCAGCCAGCCCCAUCUGCCUGACUUCCUUCUUCCAAACAAUUUGGAGUUGGGACUUGGCUAUUGGCUCCCUCCUCCUCUUCAGUCUCAGUGUUCCCUUGUAGAACUAAGCAGGGAGGAAGAAGUUGGGGGACAAAACUAGAAUGAGCUGGCUCUGCCUGCCAUUGGCUCUGGCUCCACAGACUAUUUGGCCUUCCUGCUUUCCACCCUACCAGUCCCAAUGGGCACCAGCCAUUGGGCAGAGUGAGCCAGCAGCCUCUGGCGGCUGAUCUGUGUUGUGUGGUGGCAGCUCCCCACCUCACCCGGCUCCUCCUUUUGAGUCCCUAACCAUUCCCCUCUGCCGGAGCUCUGCUAUAGUAGUCUCCUGGCCUGAUGUAUGGUGAAGGAUGCUGUCAUAGAAUUGUAGAGUUAGAAGGGACCCCAAGGGCCAUCUAGUCCAACCCUCUGCAAUGCAGGAAUCUCAACUAAAGCACCCCAAAAGAUGGCCAUCCAACCUCUGCUUCAAAACCUGCAAAGAAAAAUAGUCCACCACCUUCCAAGCGAGUCCCUUCCGCUGUUGAACAGCUCUUACCGCCAGAAAGUUCUUCCUGAUGUUUCGUUGGAAUUAACUUUCUUGUAAGUUGAAGUUAUUGGUUUGGGUCCUGCCUGUCAUCACUCUUGAUGGUCUGGUCAGCCUCUGUACCUAGAAGGAAGGAGGUGCCAACUCUGCUGUUUCAUUUGGAGUCCCAUUCUCUUAAUGUUCUAACCUCACAGCUCUAUUGAUUCUGCUUCUAUUUAACAAUGAAAACCAGCUCAAAGCUGUGAGUGAAGAACAGAAGUGGGGUGGAUCUGUUUAGAGUGAUCCCUGGAUCAGUUCUUCUUCCCUGUAGGUUUGCGGGGUUAGGAAGAGGACCCGAGAUACUUCUUUUUGCGCUAUGUUGAUUCUGCUGUUUAUAUAAGCCUGCUCUCCCUUUCCAAACGCUCUCUCAGGACCUGCACAAGCUUAAGGCCGGUCAACCUGCUGAGUACCAAGACCUCACGGCAGAUAAGCUAAUAGAAUCCGAUAAGCUCCUCUAUGUCCUGGAUGGGGAUGCUGCCAUCGCUCGCCACAUGAAACACCCACAGGGGGAUAUGAUCACAGAAGAGUGAGUCUGGGGAAGCCAGUAGGGCAGGGGUGGGGAAGCGGAUCUGGGCAGAGCGCUAGAUCCAGAGUUGGGCCCUCCUUUUGUGCGCUAUUUUGACAAAUGGGUGGGGCCACUGGCAGGUGAUGAAAAGUUCAAACCAAGAGAGCAGGCAGAGGCUUAUCUCUGUUCUUAGCAUGGUGGGACUACAGUGCUAAGAUCAGAAGUAAGCUUCUGCCUGCUCUAUGACUGCAAAAGGCAGCAGCAGAGGCUUAGCUUGAUAGUAAAGUUGUACUCCUACAGUGCUAAGAUCAGAGAUAAGCUACUGCCUGCCGCCUUGUAAAGAGCACCACAGCACUAAGAUGAAAUAUAAGCUUAGCUAACACUUAGGUUGGAGAAAACAGAUCUCCACACCUAAUAUCAUAUGACAUCAGUUGACGGACAGGUGGGUCUAGUUUGCCCCAAUGGCCUUGCAGGCCAAAUUUAGAGGCCUAAGGUACUCAAUUAGGCCCAUGGGCCAGAGGUCCUCCCCCCCACUGCAAUAUGGGAUGGUGCUUGAUUUGAAACUUUCAUCUAGGGGUGAGCAAAUCUGUCUGUUAUCAGUUGAUGCCACUUUAGCAGGCCCUCAACCAUAAGUCCAGGUUUGAGUGCCAAAAUACAUAUUUUGAUUUAAGGCACAUUCUCCCCACGCCCCCCAAAAUGCAUUUCUAUACAAAUUUUCUCUCAAAAUGCACAAUAUAUAUAUAUAUAUAUAUAUAUAUAUAUAUAUAUAUAUAUAUUCAAACCAACACAUUAGGCUAGUUCAAGUCAGGUCUUCUACCACCCCAUUUAUCUUCACAACAGCUGCUCUGUGAGGUAGGUUAGGCUGAGAGAGUGCGUUACUGAGUAAUUAGUGUAGAUCCUUAAAAUCCACACUUGGAAAACAGAAUUAAUUGAUAUGACAUUUUUGCAAUGUGGGGUAGGAGGUUUUUUUGGGGGGGGUCUCCAAAAUGUUUCACUUUGAGGAAAGUAGUAUUGAAGUUAGGGGAGGGGGAAUGAUUCGUCUAUACGUUGUUCAGAGAAACCAGUAAUUGCUUGUAUCCUCUCUCCUUCCUUCAGCAUCCGGCAACUAAAGGAGAGAGUGGGCAACUUGCGUGUGAAACAUGAUCAGAUCUACAACUUCACCCCACAGGAAAUUGAACCUCAAGUCAACUGGACCACGGUGAUCGAAGAGAAGCAGGUGAGUAGGUGCUUUGCAUCCAGUUAGUGAACAUCUGAUCUCUUUUUUCUUUAGAUUGGAGCCAUUUCUUCCAAAAUAUGGGCUUUGGGGGCAUCCAGCAAAGCACUAAGUGGAGUUUUCCUGCACAUCUCCCUGGAACUAGAAAUGUAGUGCAGUAGAGAGAGAGAGCUGGGCUUGAACUUUUCUCCCUCUUGUGCUAGAUUUCUGUUUGCCAAAGAGCUUUUUUUUAAUCCAUUCUGGGCCUUAACUAAACAUGACGUUAAUUGCCUGAAUCCAGGUAACUUGCAUGGGGGAUAUUUGUUUGUUUUGGUAGGUAAGUUGGGGGGGGGGGUGUAAGUUGAAGCCAGAGCAGCAUUUUGGACCAGUGGUGGGGAGAGGGAGAAUUUAGCUCAUCCUCCAGCAUACCUUCCAAAAGACCAACCCCUCACCCCAAACAGUUGUUUACAAACCUUCCUUUUGCUCCAUCCCCACCCUCUGCAACCCCAAUACGUCUCAUACUUCCCUUUAACUGCUAAUUGCACAUUUUAAAAAGUGCACAUUAACGUAAUCCAUGCACUAUAAGCUUUGCCUAGUUUCCGUAUAUAUUAUUUAGAUUUCCUAUCUCAACCACAGUGUCCCAGAAUGGGCUACAACAGUAAAAUACGCAAUUAUAAAACAAAUAAAACAGUUACAAUCAGAAAACAAUAAAAGUGGGGGGGAACCCCUAUUAAGAACAGCUCCGUAUAUAUAAACCAAUUUAAAACAAUUCAAUAUAUUAAAGUUAAAAAUAGCUACAGUACUUCCAUCACUGGGAUGAAGCUCCCUUAUUUGUAUGGGGUGGGCAUUCAGAAAUGGUACCUUCCACCUGUGGGCUGGCAGGUGGCCCAAGAGUAGGUGGAGCCAGAAGAAAUAACAGGUGGAGCCAGAGACAAUGACAGGCAGAGCAAAUGCCCCAUCCUCCUCCCUGCUGAGUUCUGCAAGGGUUAACACUAAAACUAAGAAGGAGGAUGUGUUGUCACCUGGACUGGUAAUUAAGGAGGUAGGUAAACAGGUGGGGGCUGGCUGAGGGCAGACUGAGGUUGGUGGGGCAGCCCCCCAUUCAUCUGGAUGGACCUGUCUCCAUCAACCCCUACUCCAGCCAUGAAUGUACUGAAAAGCUCACACAGUGUCAGUUGUCUUGAAUGAAAGUCCUGCCCCUGCCCCACUCGUCAGGUGCCUGGGCACUGUUAAUCAGCUCACAAAACGGGGUAGAGAGAUAAAAGCUUUAGGCUGCCAGAUCUCUUCCCCGCUGUUGAUUUUUGCUCCUCUUCCAGUUGCUGUGUCAGCUUCCAGUUGCAAAUCCCCCCCAAAUCCUCCCUGGCUGCUGGCUGGAGAUGCCCCCUAGCUUUUGGCUUAAUGAGAGGCUUUGUGCAGCAGCCCAGGUUCUGCUAGCUUUGCAGUUCUGUCUCUGGGCUGCCUGGCGGGAGCUUCCCUCCCUUUGCCAGGGGCAGGGCACGGCUAUCCAGCAUCACAGGAUGCCUUCUGCAUCUUGGCUGAGCGCCAUCCUGUGUAAAAUUGCAACAAGUGGGCUUAAAACAGGACAGUUUUGUUUUGGAGGAAGGGAAAGACAGCAGCGACAACAAUCUAGAUACUUGCAUCUAGGGACGGGAGACACAUUCAGUUCAGUUUGCAUUAAAAGGUCAACCUUCUUUCCAAAACAAGAUGCAAGCUAAAAUGCAGCCAUUUUUCGGAAGUUGCGCUGCACUGAAUUUUGCAGUGCAUGCCAAAUCAGUGUAGACCAGCUGUACCCAACCUGGUGCCCUCCAGAUGUUUUAUACGGCAGCUCCCAUCAGCCCCAGCCAUCACUGGGACAUCUGGAGGUAGCGCUGCAUUGAAAUCUGUCCUCCAGGUUCUCAGACAUUUGAGGCCCCGCCAAAAGGGGUUGGUGAUUUGUUGCCUCGUUCCCAAGACUCGCAUUUUCAUUUGCAAGGUAGCCAAGGGUGGUGUCUCUGUUUCCUUCCCUAUAAACAUUUCUCUAGUGCACUGCAAACUCUCUGGCUGCCCGUGCUUGCUGAUUUGAAAAAGAAUAAGAAAAAACAACCUAUGGGAAGAGUUACCUGUCUUCCCUUUAAUUGAACAUGGUUUAAUUAAAUGGUCUUUAUUGAAAUGUGGGCACCCAGGAAGGCUGCAGAAUGCAGACUGCUAGAGACAUGGUUUGUAGAACGACAGAAAGGGAGCUCAACAGCAUCCACCUGCCAUCUCAAAAAUAAGGCAAAUGCCACAAAAUCCCUACAUCCCACCCAUAAGGAUUUCCCUGUCCUCUUUGAUAAUUUCCAAGUGCAAUUUCUGAUGAGGAAUGUUUUAAAAAAUGCAGGAGGAAUUUUUGGCACAGAACUGUCUGCAUGCUGGUGUAGAUGAGUGUUCAGCCUUCGGUUCCCAGGCAUUGUUGGACUACAACUUCCAUCAGCCCCAGCCAGCUUAGCUAAUGGUCAGGGAUGAUGGGAGGUGUAGUGCAACAACAUCUGGGGAAUUCAAGGCUGCAGAACAUUGGCUGUGGACAAUACUAAGCUAAACAGGCUGAUGGGUUGACUCUGUAUAAGGCAGCCUCCUGUGCUGCUAUGUUCUUGGCCUGCUUUGUUUGCCAGGAGUUUGGCGGAAAGACUGGAACCUCCCCCUUUUCUUUUACCACUAGGAAAUAUUGAACAGCAAGGGCUUCGGCACUGACUUGCCAUCAGUCAACGGUCAGGUGGAGGAGCACAACAUCUUCCAUAAUGAAGUGAUGGCUAUCGGACCACACAUCAGCAAGGAGGGUGACAAGGUAUCAUGUGCUUCUAAUGCCUGCUUUGCAGCUCUUCAGGAGGAGGGGAGGGGACAGAAUUGGUUUUACGCAGUUCCUGUGCCUUUAACUAGUGACAGGAGAAAUCCAACUGGUGUAGCUUUUCCCAGUCACAGGGGCUCCGAUGAUGAGGAAAGCUGAACCUGUUGGAUUUCUGCCCGAUGUACCCCAGCUAAAGGUUCAGGAGCUUCAGGGAUCUCCCAAAAAGUGAUUCAAACACAGUUCAAGGGCCAACACCACCUUGUGUAGCGGGUUUGAGUAAGUGUUGCAGAUGUUACUUUGUCCUACCUAACUCUAGCUCCUCUCCUUUCUCCUCCGCAGCCUACAUAGUCUUUAAAUGAUAGACUCUGUAAGCUUUACUCUUUGAAUGAGAGAGGUUAUUUGUUGGGCUGCCACCAUGAGGGGCUGCCCGGUUGAGCCUUUUCAGUGGUGGUUCCCCAUUUGAGGAAUGCCUUCCCUAGUGAGGUGUGUCUGUCUCACUAUUAUUAAUUUUCAGGAGGUAUUUGAAAACAUUUGUAUUUACUGUUUACUGAAUCUAUUUUUAUAAUGUUUUAACUAUUUUAGAAUGCUUAAGAUAAAGCUUAUGUGCUGGCUGCUCUGGGCUCUUUCGGGAGGAAGGGUGGAUACAAAUCCAAUAAAUAAAUACUCAACAAAAUACUUUUGCCGUGUGUUAUAACCGUCUCCCACAGCAAACACAUAAACACACCAACCAAGACCAUGUGUUGUAGUGGUUAGAUAACCAGACGAGAAAGGAGAGGAUUUCCUUGGUAUAGGAUCACUGGAGGAAGGAUAGUAUAAAAAUCAAAUGCACAAAUUGGGGUCGCUAACCCCCAGCCCAAAGGCUUCACCUGCUCCCCUCCAUCAUAUUUCCCCCCUGCCCUUCCCAAAGACUCACUGAUUUUGGCAAGAAGAGCAAAAAGAAAAAGAAAGGAGUUAGACAGAACCCAGUACCCUCUUGGGGGAUGUAAAUCACCUCUUCCCCAGUGAUCGAUUGAUCAUUUGAUUAAAAGCUGCAUGCACGUAGCAAGUGUGUUUGCUUUGGGAAGUGUGGUAACGCCCUCUUUGGGGAGCCUUGUCCUGUCUUUUGUUCAUCUUCUCUUUGUUUGUUUCCAGGAAUAUAUGAGUGGGCUCCAGGUGAAAUAUCAGAAACUGCUGGUAAGACCUUGUUCUUUUUAUUUUCUGUCCUCAAAAGAUCAGGGACUAUCUUUGGUACAUCCAAGCAGCUCAGAGGUGAUGUGAGGAGACUCUUGGGUCCCGUUCAUACCAUAUACAGAACAUAUUUAAUGUACACAGUUUCCCCCAGAGCAUCAUGAGAACUUUGGUUUGUUAAGAGUGCUGGGAACUGUAGCUCUGUGAGGCUUGUGAACUACAGUUCCCAGGACUCUUUGGAGGAAGCCAUAUGAUUUACAUGUGUGGUGUGGCUGAGACCUUGGUUGGCAUGCUAUGCCCCAUCUGAAUUAAGACAGCUGAGGAGGAUACCUGCAUACGUGCCACCUUUCCAUAGUUCAAAACAUACUCAAGGGGACUUACCAACAUGAAAAAAAUUACGUAAUUAUAAACAUAACAAAAGUACUCAUAAACAAUAAAACAUCGAAAAGUACACAACCAAAUUGAAAAUGUCCACAUAAAUCAUAAUAAGAUAUAAAAAUAAAGAUGCACAAAAUACUAUCAAUAGCAACCCGCCCAACAACACCCGCCUAAACUGUAUCUCAGCACAUGAAGCCUUGAUCAGCGUCAAUAAGCAUUUAAGGGCCCUUUGAGUCAUACCCUGAGUGUGCUCUCUGUUGUUCCUUACUUUGAUCAGAGCUUGGUCAAAGUGCACACGAUACUUUGACUGCUAUUCCUUCCCUGCCCCUCCGAUUCCCAGCUCAAUGUGGUCUAGAAUCUUGACACCAGGAGACAGGAGUGCACAAGUUAUGUAUUUCACAGUAGACUUAGCCCUCUCUCGAGUUGCUCUCUGUAAUUCCCAAUCUCCAAGCCUUGACGGUUGGCAAAACUCCCUCUCUCCUUGCAGUCAGGAUCCCAACAGAGGCAGCAGGAUUUGAACUCGCUCCAGGAUUACAUGCAGCGCUGCACCAACAAGCUCUACUGGCUAGAUCAGCAGGCCAAAGACAGGAUGCAGUUUGACUGGAGUGACCGUAACCUCGACUACCCAAGCCGCCGGCGCCAGUAUGAGGUACAUUUUCUCCCCAGAGCUUAUCCCCCCUCAGGAGGCAGUUUGACUUUGAGAUCUGUGUGGAAAACGCAUUCUGGCAUUUGGAUCUGAAUUAUUCAGCCUGAAUCGAAGCUGAAGGGCAGAAAUAUAUUAAAGGAGGUGGUAAUCAUCGUGAAUUCCAGUAUGAACUAAUCUGAUCUGUACAUCUUAAGAAAUCACAAACCCUUGGUACAUACUAUACUUUCAAAGCACAUCCAAAGCCCAUUUUCCCCCUCACAAAAGUCUGGGCCCCGUAGUUUGUUAAGGGUUGCUGAGAACUGUAAAUAUGUGAAGGGUAAACUCAGUGCUCAGAAUCUUUUGGGAAAGAAUGUGUUUCACAUAUACUUUAAAAGUAGUGUGUACACAGGUGUUAGAUAAAUGGUGUUAGCGGUGAUAUUGUUGUUGCUAAUUGCAUUGCAUAAUUUUAGACUGUAAACUGCUCAGGAUUGGGACCUGCCUUUGCUACUGUGGUUUGUAUCCAACUACGUGAGGUUCAGACUAGACCCACUUCCUUCAGUGGGUCUACUUUGGGUAUGACUGUUAGAUACAAAACUCUUUUAAGUGUUACUUACAUUGGGUGACAGCCAACUAAGUCGUCCUCAGAGCAGAUCCAUAAAUUUCAAUGGGUCUCCUCUCAAUACGAUGAACAUCGGCUCUCACCAAUAUUUAUUUAUAAAUUCAAUUAAGGAAAAUAAACCUGGCAAGGAGACAGAAGAGGUAACCUGUGGAGAGAAGCUUUGUGAACUCCAACGACCUCGAUCCAACUAAAGGCCCUGUGUGGAAUGGGGUUGAAACCAAUGUUUCCUUGACCUGCUGAGAGUCACAGCAAUAGUGUUAGUAGGAAAUUCAGAAGUGUCAGUCUCUUCAUGAUAGUCACAGCCACAACCUUCAAAGACUACGCAAGAAUAAUAACCAAGGAUGCAUUGCAACCAUCAAUGCAGAUCUCCAUGUGUUGCCUUUCACCUGAAUCUAAUAAUUUCCUGUGCCUGUACAUGGGGAAAUGCUUUGGACUGCUCCAACAUCCGUCUUUUCCUUGAAGUUCCAUUGUACAUAAGAGAACUUAGUUGAAACUGAAGCCCCUUGUGUUUUCAGUGUUCCUCAGUGCUUAGUGUUGGGAGCAUAUAGAGGCUGAAAAGCUCCCCUUUCAUGCUGACUGAGUGCCUCUAAGCAUGCUAGAGACAGGGGCCCUGCUGCGGAAAUAGUAAUGGGUGCUGGAUCCCCCUAGACCACUCUGCCCGACUGGGUUGUGGACCGCCGAGACAUAAGAUGGUAACGUCUCUGCUUCCUUCCUUCUCCCUUUAGAAUUUCAUCAACCGGAAUUUGGAAGAAAAAGAGGGAGCGAUCAACAAGCUGCACGAGGACGGCAAUAAGCUACUGGCCCAAAGUCACCCUGGGAAGAUCCCCAUUGAGGUGAGUUUGGCUGCUGUCAUGCGCAUGAGAUCCUUUCUCCACCCCCAGCUGGUCCCCUAUCAGAGUCUCUCUUGGUCCCUGAGAGGUGUCUCCCCGCCACCGCCCUUCUGUGACCUACUGAGCAUUACCUGCUAUCCUCUUGCUUGCAGGCUCACAUCGAGGCAGUCCACGCUGACUGGAAGGAGUACCUCAACUUGCUUAUCUGUGAGGAGAGUCACCUCAAGUUCAUGGAGGACUAUCACCAGGUACCUUUCCAUUGAGGGCACUUAGAAGGAGGGGCUGUCAGAAAAUGCAGCAGUGCAUCUUUGCCCUCUAGCAAGAUGGCUCCCAUUCAGGAUCUCAACCAACCAACCAACUUCCUUCAGGAUACUGUAAACCCCAAUUGGAGUUGGUCAUACUCAGAGAAGACCUGCUAGAAUCUAAGACUAAUUUAGGUCCAUUAAUUUCAGUGGGCUAUACUCAGCUAAGUCUUACUUGGAGUAAACCCAUGGAAGGACCUGAGUCAGUCAUGCCUGUUAAUUUCAGUGGGAUUGCGGAGUGGAGCUUGCAUUGAAUCCAACACAGUGGAUCUACUCCAAAGAGAAUCCCUAGUAUCCCUACUGUUGUGCCCCCUUGUGCUUUACCUGGUACCUGUGAAGACUUCAUUUUGAGGGGCCCAGUUGUCUUUUAUUUUACCUUUUGGCAGUGGCUGGCUUGAGUGCGGUUGACUUAAAUGAUUUAGAUCAGGAAGGAAAAAAACUCCAAUGGGGGGGGGGAGAGAAGGCUGAUUGUGGUAGUCUCCUGAAAUUUGCUCAUAUUUCUAGAUGUGACCACUGCUGCUCCAAAAAGGUUGGGCGACACUUCUGUGAACUGUCCCCUUGCUCAGUUUUCUGUUUUUCUUUUCCAGCUGAUAUUCAACAUUCCAUGACCCCUGGUGAUCACUGGGCAUGCUCAGUCCUCGGGUGUUGGGGGGGUGUUUUUAGAGGAGGGAGGAAUUUUCCCCACCUUACUUAAGUUUUUUUUAUAAUAUUUUUUAUUAAUUUUAACAUAUAAAUUAUAAAAUGUGCCACAAAACUUAUCACUUAUACAAUCUUUUUAGACUUCCCUCAGCACCUCUGAUGAUCCACCGUUUUAACCACUUCUUAUGCAUUUCUUAACUUUAUAUUGCCUUUACAUCUCUUAACAGAUCAUCCUCCCCCUUGUCCAUUUUUACAAUAUUUCUAAUAAUACUCCUCACAAAACUUCUUGCAAACCUCACAAAACCUUAUUUAAGGUUUUUUUUAAGGGGGGGAGUAUUUCUACAAUCCUUGAGAUUUCCCCAAACAUGCUCCAUUGUGUCUCUGCUUCCACCAGCAUGGCAGCACUAAGGGAGCGAUGAGAUGGGUGGCUGUAAAUUAGUGGCAGUGUUGGAGGCCCAGAGGCCUGGUUGUCCCAUAGAGCAGCUGUGGGCAGAUUUCAGCCUUGAAGGAUAUGCCUUGUUUUCCCCACCCCACAAACCCUGAGAUCCACCACCCAGGGCCUGGUGCAAAGGGCACACACUUCUGAGCCCAGGGAUUUGUUCUGAGCAAGUGAGUCAGAUGUUGUCAUUUGCAGGGGAGGACAGCAGGGAGGUGGCUUUCCUGAUAAUCAAAUAGCAAGCUGUCCUGCCAGACAGUUUGUCUAGCACAGCUUCGUGUUAAGCAAGGAGGUACCCACGUUGUGUGCUGCAAUGCUUGCUUGUAUGGGAAACAGCCGAAGGAGCUGGUGAGAAAACAAUCUUGCCCGACCUGUUUUACCCCCCUUCGUCACUCUUUCCUGAACCUCUUUGCUGUCAGGUGUUACUGAUCAAGCAGGCAUCUGCCUUCUGCAGGUGGCUCAGAAAGGCAGAGGCUCCCAGAUUCUGUGCUUCGAUUGUCCUUGGGGCAAAAGCAGGCAUGUCUCUUUGCUUGGAGAUUUCCCUAGUUAGCAGGUAAUAUUUUGCUGCCCUUCAUUUUUCUCUGGUUGACUGUAGUAGGAGUAGUAGUUUUUGACUACUUGAAUUUUAGGCAAGAGGCCCACACACAACUGGGGGGGGGUCCUUUAAAACACCCCUAUGCAGGCUCCCACUUUUGUCUUUAGGGUGCGAAAGACUAUAGCAUAGUGGCAGAGCACCUUCUGCAGGUAGGGCUGGGAUAGAACGCUGCCCGAAAUCCUGGACAGGUCAGUGUAGACAAUACUGAGCUAGAUGGACAAAGGUUCGAUGUUGUACAAGACAGCUUCCUUUCUCUUAUGUUCCUAUGUGACCAGAUGAAAGGGACAACAGUCUCUUUAAUAGUUGCACUGAAGGGGUGAUUGAGAUACAUUGGGAUAGAUUGGUGCUUUUCACAGAGGUGGGAGAAAAGCUUGUCCUCUUUUGCAGGUUGUCACCCACUUCCUGUUUUUUAAAAUACAUAAAUCCCCAAACCCUAAAAGAAACAAAGCACAAACAGUGGUGAUGCCAUUGCUGAUCCAGCCUGAACCUACCUGUCCCAAACUCAUUUUGUUUGUUGUUUGUAGGCUGACAUUCAGCAUAUACAUUCAGAUCCCAGGGCAGUUUCCAAUCAUAAAAUAAACACCAGACAAUCAUAAACAAUUGAAACAUAGCCCUUCAUAAAAUGAAUAUGGGGAGGGUGGGGAAGGGUGGCAGUAGAAGGGAUGGGGGGAAAUUUAGGUUUGCAUUUUAAUUCACAGUUCCUGAAUACACAAACUGGAUUUCCUUCAAUGUCGCAGUUCUCUGAAUUUUGCAGUGUGGUUCCUACCAACCAGUGUGUUCAAAAAUGCAUAGAUUACAGAAAAGUGUGCUUAAAACUGCACCUGUUAGAGAAAGAACAAAUGCAAAAAUGCAUUAUAUUGGAGAAAUUGCCUUGCAAAAAUAUGUACAUUUGUCAAAAUUGUAUACGGAAAUGUUUUGAUUAGGAAAAAUUCACACUAAAAUGCUCACGUUGUUGUUGUUUUUUAAAAAAUCACAAAUAGCUGCAGAAAUCCAGAGAACUAAAUUUAAGGUUGGAAAAAAGAGAUAGAGGACCAAAACUGAUAGAUUCAGUCGUCCCUGAAUCUAUUUUGUUUAAGAUAGGGCUGGAACCAACUCCCAUAAGCCCCAGCUAACAUGGCGGAUGGUCAGGGAAGACAUGAGGUAUAAUCCAGCAAUAUCUGGAGGACCACAGGCUCCCAUCCCUGAUGUGGAAGAGAGAAUAGUAUUUCAUUUCUCUAGAACCCCCCAUGCCAGGGGCUGUAGCUUCUCCUCCUUCUCCUCCACUCUACCAACAAGUGAAUUAUUGCCUUGCAGGGAGAGGGGGAGGGGAAAGUGUCCACACCCCUUUGUGACAGUCAUGUUGUGAGGGUGCAGUACAUUGUUUUUCUGUCUCAAAGAGGAUCCCUUGACUUUUUUGAGUUGCUUCCCACCCCAAACAGUUCCAAAAAGAUGCUAAGGAUGCCCAGGACCUUCUCAGGAAAGUGGACACAGACCUGGACCAGAAAUACAGCCCGGAUUUCAAGGAUCGAUACCAGAUUGAAUCUUUGCUGAGGGAGCUGGAGGCAAGUAUUGAGUGUGAGAGUUGACUGCAGCUGCACAUCACACUGAGCUAUGGCCCUGCCCCUCUGCUUUUGGCCAGCACAACUUUGUCCAUAUCCCAUUGUCUGCCUUGAUUGUCUCUUCCCUGGUGCAUCAGGAUUUUGCCUUGUCUUCACCAGGACCAGGAGAAGGCCUUGGACAAGUAUGAUGAUGUGGUGAAGUCCCUGCAGAAGCGCAGCCAGCAGGUGCUCCCUCUGAAGUUCCGCCGGGAGACCCCGCUUAAGCCCAUCCCAGUGGAAGCGCUUUGUGACUACGAAAGUGAGCGGGUAAGAAGCAAUGUUGCCCCUUCUGCUCAUCACAGGAUGAUGCAACGGGCAAAAGAUCUGCCUGGUAAAUUCAGGUAGGGUAGGGGAUAUACUUGGGUACACAUUUGAAUGAGACCAUACCUGGCUUGCAUUUUCUGAAACAAUUACCCAACUGAAAUGUCAGUAUCCUUUGAAAUUCAUACUUCUCUGAAUUUUGCAAUGCGGUUCUCUAACCAAAAUGUGUGUCUAUUGGGGAAAAUCUUCCAGUAUGGUAUUGAGACUGCUGCUAAAACAAGGGGGGGGGGGCGGAGCUCCAUUUUAGCAGCAUUUUCAAUGGAAAUUGUUCAAUACUAUUGGAGUAAAGUGGACUUUCCUUCCCACUGUCAUUCAUGGGGGAAAUGAUCCCUGCUCCAGCAAAGGAACAGCCAGAAGCUCACUUUAAGUUCCUGGUUGUUUAUUUGAAGCCACAUCAACAUCUACCUGAAGUUAUAAGUCAGGUGUGGAGCAGGUGGACCUGGCCAAAUUAGGAGGUCUGGUGGGCUAUAUUUGGUCUAUAGGCUGAAGGUUCCCAACCUUUGAACCAGCCCUUUCAUCUGUAGAGCCAAGCUUUGUUUCCUCUGACUGUCAGUGUUUGUCUGGUCUCAGGGAGAGGUCUUUCCAGCCACUGGCUAAAAGACCCCCUUUUAACCAGUGGUACCAGGGCAAAGCAUGCGCUCCUGGGACUACUGGGGGGUGGGAGAAAUGAUACGACUGCUUAUCCUGAACUCUUUCUACCCCAGUGCCAGAUCUCUCGUGGAGCCAGAUACACCCUGCACAAGAACAGUGGUGACAUCUGGGAAGUUACCGACAGCGCAGGAAAUGCAAUCAGCGCCCCUGGCGUCUGCUUCAUGAUCCCCCCGACAGAUCCUGAAUCGCUGGCUCACGCUGACAAGUAAGUGCUCCCUGAUCCAGAUUGUGUUGACACGAACCAGCCAUUUGACAGAUUAGGAUGAAGUUGCUGUCUAUCGUUGGUCUGUUUUGCUUCUGUUUGUUUUGCAGCUUAUUGCUGGGUUUUUGUUGUAAUGCAUUGUUCUUCCUUUCCUCCACAUUUUAUGCCAUGCUUCAUGUUUUUAAUUAUUUUAAGGAGGCUUCUUCUAUGUUAAGCAACUCAUAAAUUGUAUUAAUAGUAGCAGUAAUGAUGCCAGUGCCAAGCAGUCCUUUGAUGGUUCAGACAGAGGCCUUCCUUUUGUCUAUUUUAAGCAUGGAAGUGCUUCGUAUUCCCGACUAUUUGCGCAACUGGCUCAAUCUCUUCUUGUCCCACAGCAUCAUCGGUCAGUAUCAGAGCGUGAAACAGAAGAUAGCUGGCACCAAGGGCCUUCUGCAGCAGCGAUAUGAUGGGCUGAAGGCAGACAGCAUUGGAGGUAGGUGUCCCACACCAUGCCUGGGGGAAUGCUUGAGUUCCACAUUUAAAAUAAAAGGGCCAUUAGUUCAUCACAAGCAGUGAAUGAGUUCAAAUUCAGCAGCUAUGCAUACCAUGCACCGAAAAAUGCUGCAAUUCUGGAAACCUGAAUUAGAAUUCUGUGAUCUAUUUACUGUAUAUUAUGCAAAUGUAUGUGCAGAGAUCUCUUUAUUAAUAUGGUUGUGUGGAGGGUCAGAGUUCAGUAGCAGAAUCUGUGCUUUCCAUGCAGAAGAUACAUUUUGGUGUGAUUCGGGGGAAAUGUGAAUUCAGUAUGACUGCAUCUUAUGCAGGGGUUCAGUUCCAAGGGUUCUGCAUAUACACAAAAGUGCUUAUGAUCAAACCACCCCCACAUGACCACCCUUACUUUUCCGGAGCUGGCUUGUUGAGCAGGCCUUGCCCAAUAAGCAAGGCAGAGAGUUUAAAAGGGGACAUUGUGUGCCUUUAAUUGGCACAAUUUCAACCAGCUGGCAUUCAGCCACAUGAGGCUGAAAUCGCACAAGUUAAAUGUGGGUAAGAUGGGAUUGUACCGUACCGCUUUGAAAUUUGUUAGAAAAGUGACAUCACAAUAUUAGCCUCCUUAGCAGCACAGUUUGUGAGAAUGCCCCUUGUUGGGAUAGUCUAAGGGCCUUAGCCACUAUUUCUCCACUUCUCCCAGCAAAUGUACUUGCUGACCAGGGAUCCAAACAUAAAACCUUCUGCUCCACCUGCUGUUGUUGUUUUUCGCCUCAGAUGCAGCAUCAGUCCAGGGGCGACAGCUGCUGGCGGGGCUGGAGAAAGUGAACAGUGAGUUGGAUAAGCAAGAGAAAGCCAUCACUGCAAACCUGCGGCCGCCGCUAGAGCAAAGCCGGGCAGUGCAGGACAGCGCGGAGCGAUCCAAGGAUCUUAAGGUAAAGUCUCUCUCUCCCCCAAUGCUAUUCUGCAGUGAGUUGAUGGAAUGGCAAUUGGUUGCUCAUGCCAUUGUAAAUCACAGGUAAGGGGGAUAUCAUUGUUGAAUGCAUAUAGAAACCUGCCCUUAAGAUAGGAACGUGGCAUGGGAGGAAGAGGUGCAGCCUUCAUUCCCACAAGAUGUAGUGAUUGCCACUAACAUGGGCAGCUUUUAAAGAGGGUUGGACAAAUUCAUGGGGGAAGACAAAGCUAUGUUCUCCUUCCACUGUUGGAGGGAGGAUGACUAUGAAUACCAGUGAAUCGCAAGGGGGGAGGGUGCUAUUGCGCCCAGGUCCUGCUUGUUGGCUUCCCAAGGACAGCUGGUUGUUCGCGGUGGGAACAGGAUGCUGGAUCUAAGACUUUAUAGAAUCUUUCUUCUCAAUAGUGAUGAAACCCACAGGUGGAGAAAACAGUGAAGCUGCAUCUUACAUGCAUUUGACUUGCGCGAUUUCAACCAUACAUGGCUGAAAGCAGGCUAGUGGAAGAAAGGAUCAAAGGCUGUUGGGAAAGGGCUGCUUGGCCUUUGACUUGUGAAAGAUCUUGUAGGAAAUCCUCACCACUGCACCAAAAUGCUGAAGAGUUUUCAUGAGAAUUUCUUUUUUAAUCUCAAAUUACUGCCGAAAUGUGGGGAACUGUAUUUAAGAUUUAGAGAGAGAAAUUGAGUGCUCAAACUGAGUUCCUCCCAUCCCUAAUAUUGAGCCAGGCAGGAUGCUAUGAGUUGUGUCCAGAGUUAUGGACCCAUCUCCCCCCUACUUUACAGCCCAGGAGGAUUUUGGCUCAAGAACUCAGCAGCUCCUGGGACAGACAGCAGAGGGGCAGUGCCAUGCUCGCUUGCUCAUCUGCUGCCCACCUCUCUCCCUUUUGCAGAACAUCACCAAUGAGGUCCGGCGUAUUGAACCCGAGAAAGCACGCAGGAUCCAGGAGUGUGAAACCUUCAUAGAGUCCGUGCCAGACACAGGAAGUGCCUCCCUGCUAAAGAACAAGGCAGAAGAGACAAACAACAAAUACAACCACGUCAUCCAGCUGCUUGGCGCCGCUCAGGAGAAGUAGGUGUCUGUACAGCUUCUCUGAGUCUGUUUGGAAAGGGAACAUGAAAUUUCACCACCUGCUCUAGAUCUUUGGGUCCUUUUGGUGGCUUGGCUCACCUGUUUGAGCUCUUGGUAAGCACCUCCAUAUGGUGCACCUGCUUUUGGAGGAUGAGUUGCCACUCAGUAGUAGAACACCUGCUCUGCAUGCAACCUGUAUAAAUCAUGAAAAGGAAAUUAGCAUAUUUCUUAUUUUGCAUAAUUUAUUCUGGCUUUGCUGGUCAUGGGGGACGGCCAGUAUGCAGGGCCUGGAAGGAGCCCACCCAACCCAUUAAAAAUCUUUUCCAGCCAUCUCUCUGGCUGCUGAGGCAAUAUCCGCAAUAGCUUACAAUGCAUUGCAACCAUGAACACUAGACAAAAGGCGAGGUUUUCCAGACGCCAACUCCUUUGCCUAAUACCACACACUGCAGAUAUUCUGUGCUCCUGCGAAAUCAUAGCAUCCAUCCAUGUGCACAGAACCCAGUCUGCUUCUUCUGCCUGAAGGAGUAUCCAUGUCUGUAAAGCUUUGUUUAUUUGAAGUGCUGCUUUUGUCUGUCUUGUACAGAGUGGAUGUUGCCAAUCGCCUUGAGAAGAGUCUGCAGCAAGGCAGGGAUCUGAUUUCUGGCUAUGAGAACAAGUUGGCCAUUGAGGACACUAUUCCUGAGGACACAGGUGCCCUGGAGCGCAAGAGAGAAGAGCUGCUGGUGAGUCCUCACUUGCAGUGGGGCUUUCAAAACUAAGGCAGUGCUGCUAAAUGGCCCAAAUGUAUCCAGACAGUCGCCAGUCAGUACGGUUUCUGAGGUCAUCCUAUUGUCCCAUCUCUGGCUGAAGGGACAAGGGAGAGGGGGUCCACUUCAGCUGUGAUAAGAGAUGGAGGAGGAAUCCACCUGGCUCAGAUUCCAAAGUGGAUUCACCUGAUCCAAUCUGGGUGGAAUCAUGACCUGAACUGGAUCACUGGCCCGCUUCAGAAUCCACAAUCCAGUGGGUUCUAGCCUGCGGGUUUAAAACACAGUCCAAAGUAGGACUUCUAGGGUUGCACACUGCCUCUGUUCUUUCUUUUUUCUUUAAACUAGGGCUGGGGGGCUUACGGGCCUUCACAUGUUGCUAAACUACAGCAAGCUAGGCCAAUGGUGAGGGAUGAUGGGAAUUGUAGUUCAGCAACAUCUGGAGGGCUAUAGGUGCCACACAUUUGCUUUAAACACUCUAAAACAGCACGAUCCAGCCACACACAGGCCGAGUGGCUAGCCCAUGGGGUUCCUUGCUAUCCUGUACCUUCAGUGAACACAGAGAGAGCCCCCAACCCCAACAGGGCUUGAUGAAAUUCCAUACGGCUGCUGCCAGGGUUACUUAGUCCUGUCCCCACGAAGAACUGGGACUGCCAGGACAUAAAAUCCAUACAAUUAAAACCUCUUUGCCUGCUUUUAAAUGGGCUCCUAAGACUCCACCCUGCUUUAAACCUGGUGGGUGUUUUUUUACAUAGAACUUGGGAUGACAUCAUUUCAUUUGCUGGCUCCUGGCAAAUUUGUAUGAUGCUGCUUUCUUGCUUUUUGUCUUUUGUUUUAUUGUUGAGGCUUGUGUUUUCAUUUGUACUGUCACACAUUUAAAUCUUUGUGAGGCUGUCCUAGAAAGGUAGGGUAAAAAUGUUAACAUCUUUUAAAACACUUGAUUAUCCAUCCCCCCCCCAACUUUUCUCCAGGCACUGGGUUCUGAAUUGCAGGCCCACCAGCCUUUGUUGAGCGUGGCAGAGCAGGAUCUGCAGAAAGCCAAGAAAUGCUCCAAUGCCCUGGCCAGCCAGUUCCAAGAGCACUGCCCGGACAUCGAGCGCCAGGAAGCUGAACUCCAUAAGCUCAACCAGCGGUUCGGCAACCUCAACAAGCAAAUAGAUCACAGGUCAGGCUCUGAGCGAAAGAAAGAGGGGGUGAAUGAAGGACUGGCAAUAGAAGCAGGAGAAGGAAUGUCCAAACCCUUCUUUCCCCAGCCCUGUGUCACCAGGUUAUCUUGCAGAGGACGUUUUAGCUGUCUGCGUACUCCCCAUCCCUGGAGGCUCUCAAAAUGGAUGGUGGUUAAUACAUACAAAUGGGAGCUGCAGCCAAGAGCUGCAUUAAAGGAAGCAGAUAAAUGUACUUUUUUUGCUAUAAAAUGGGAGAGUUCAUCCAAAUUCAUCAUAUAUUUAGCCUAGUUUAGACUAGGGCAGUGGUUCCCAAUUAGGUAAGUACUGCAGACCCCCUGUUUUUCAAAAGCCAAGCCACUGACUCCUUUUGAAAACGUUGCUAUAUCUCUCUGGUAGUUUUUGUUAUGUGAACCCUUCAACAUAUUCCAGUGCAAGACUGGGGUGCAUGUCUUCCAGGCCGCAGUCCUGCACAAGUCACAUGACCUGUGUGUUUUUGGGUGCCACAGUCUCACACGAGAGCAUACCCCCCAUGUGAUAUCCUGGACAGUUGACUGGUGUAUAUACCAUGGACCCCCUGUGAUCCACGAACCACCAAUUGGGAACAAUUGGUCUAGGGUGUUACAGUUAAUGGCGCUGUGACAUUUCUGCUAAUGUCCAUCCCAAGCAAGUAUUGUUCGGCUUCCCUUCACAGAUCUCAGAUGUUGCAGAAAGCAAAAUUGUCCUACUCCAACUAUCGCAAUGGCUACAACAACCUGAACCAGUUCCUUUGUAACGUGCCCAACUAUGAGCCUCAAGAAACCGACAAUGUCACUCAAGUGGAAACCAAGCUGAAGAACCAACAGGUAAUCAUAGAAGAGAAUCGUAAGAGUUGGAAGGAGCUUCAGAGUUCAUCCAGCUUUCUUGUCCGAUUUUGCACCCUGUGAUAAGCUGAUUAUGCAGUAGGACUGUGAUCCUAAUCUGGCUCUGAUCUGGACUGGACCCCAAAUGAAAUCAGGGGUCUUGCACAGCCCUAAUGUUUAAUUAGGGUUUUAAAUGAUGCAGGUAGAGAACAUGGUCUGCAUCAUCUCCUUCCCACACCCUGCUGCUUCCAGCUGCAUGCGUAAUCAGGGUUUACACAGAGUUUAACAGCCCCAGUUAAACUUGUGGAGACUCUCAUCUGUGUUGUCUUCUUCUCCCCACCCCCAAACUUGCUGCCCAGCGGCCCAUCUGCCUUAUGGCAACCCGACUGCUCUGGAAGACCUGAUGAGACCAGAGAUAAUGGGAGAUGUAACCCAGAAACAUCUAGUAGGACCACAUUAGCUAUCCUGAUCUAAAAGACGGUAUAGCCAUUGGCUUCUUGCUGUUUCACGUUUUCUGCUUGAUCUGUUUUUGCAGGCCCUGCUGGGGGAAAUUGCCAGCAAAGAGCAAGAUGUUCAGAAAGUUUCCGCCGAGGCUCAACAGUAUCAGCAGGCAGUGAAGGUGAGGAUGGCGGGACGGGGGUGGCUCAGAGAAGCAGCAGCCUGUGUGGCUAAAAGCGUUGCUUACAGGAAGAAAACAACCCCAUCGCAGAGGAGAUGUACUAUGGAGCUGUGACGGGUUCUCUGUAAGUAGAUUUUCAUCUCCCUCCACUCUGCAGGACUACGAACUUGAAGCAGAGAAGCUGAGAUCCAUCCUUGACCUGGAAAAUGGUCGCAAUGGCUUCAUGAGUAAGAGACCCAGAAUCCAGUCUCCAGCUGCUAAAGUGAAAGAAGAGGUACUUGCUGGUAUUUGACAAGCCCUCUGCCACAGUCUAAGUGGCUCCUCUAGACAGUAUCUCAAUAUUUUUCAUGUUGAAAGUCCAUAGCUCAGUGGCCAAGUGUCUGCUUUGCAUGCAGAAGCCCCCAGGUUCAAUCCCUGAUAUUGCCUGAUAGGGCUAGGAGAGAACCCUGCCUGAAACCCUGGGGCGCCACUGUGAGUCAGCAUAGGCAAUACUUCACUAGAUGUACCUGUGGUCUGGCUCCAUACAAAGAAGAUUUAUGAAUGUGCUAUGCUCACCCUGAAGGAAACAGCAGUUGGCUCUGUGGCUUGACACCAUCUUGGGUCCAUUCUUGGAUUUGUCUCAACAGUUUGCGUUCUUGCCUCAGCUCUGCCAAACCAGAACCAGUGUCGCUUCCGACAAAGGAAGGAUGUCCUGACUCCACUGCAUGACUAGGCCUCGAUGUCAUAAAUUUGAUGGGGAAUGAUCAAGGCUGAGAGGCACUAGGUGGAAGACACUGAUCUCUCCUGGGUGCCCAGAGGCCUUGUUGGGCGGUGCAUCAACCAAAACUUGCUUGACUGCAGAAAUACCCCUCUGAAUGCUUCCUCCCUUGUCCAAAACCUCAUCAAUGGCCACAGUUGCCAACUCCCCAGAAGCAUGGAAGGAGGUUGUCAGCUUCUUUUAUCUAGCCUGAAAAUUGGUUCCUGCAGAGCUCAGGUCCUGCUUAUGGGCUUCCCAUAGGCAUCUGGUUUAGCUAUUCUAAGAACAGGAAUGUAAGACUAGAUGGCCCAUUGGCCUGAUCCAGCAUGGCUCUUCUUAUGUUCUUAAUACCUUUUGUUAACCUCAUUUCUUUUUUCCAUUCUUAGGAAGCUCUCCUGGCUGCAAAGUUCACGGAGGUGAAUGCUGUAAAUAAGCAGAGGCUGCAGAACCUGGAGUUUGCCCAGAAUCUCUUGAGACAAGUGAGUGUGAGAAGCUUAGGCUUUAAUUUGCUUCUCUCUGUUCUAGCUACUUAGGCAGAACUCUGGAAAGAGGAAGAAGAUGCACAUAGGCUGGGGUGCAGACUUAGGCAGAGAAUCCUAGCUGGCUGCAAGUUACAGAGCUGUUUUGUGAGAAAACAUCCCAACUCUGCAUUCCAAUUUUUAAUGAGAAUAUGCCCAUGCAGAUGGCAGGGAAGGGUUCCAUCAUCACUUAACAGAACAUGCCAGCAAGGCUUUUUAAAAAGAGUGGGUGGCAGACUAAGGCUGCAAUCCUACACACACUUACUGAAUAUAGUGGGAUUUCUAAUUACGAUUGUAGCUUAAGACUGGCUCUCAGUACCCAUCAGCCCCAGCUAAUAUGGCAUGGGAGGGUGGGAGUUGGGACUCCAGCAACAUCUCAAGGGCUAGAGGUUCCCCAGCCCUGUACUUGAGAAGCAGCUCCUUCAAAGACAGCCAGACUCAGAAGUAACAUGCAUAGGAUGCUAGCAGCUUUGAAAAGAGUUUCUAUCUGGCAACAUUUGUCUUUGAUUAGAGGGUGGAGGGAAUGAAAAAUGAUGCUCCAGCUAUAGCAACUCAUCAUUUUUUUUUCUUUUUUGGCAGCAGCCAGAGGUCCAGGUGAUGCAGGAGUCUGCUCAGACCAACACAUUUGAAAGGCCGCUUGAGGAAGUCUGGAAGUUAAGGAAGGAGCUGGACGAUGAGAGCCAGCGCCGACAGCAGCUGGAGGCAGAGAUCAAGGUCAUCCAGGAAAACAUCCUCCUCCUGCAGAACCAGAAGCCACAGGAGACCGUGGUCAAGAAGGAAGUGUUGAAGAAAGUGCCUGACCCAGCACUCGAUGAGAGUUUUCACAAGAUGCAACAGAACCUGGCAGAAGAACAACGCAAGAACCAAAACUUGCAUGAUGAACUAGAGGUCCUGAAACUCAAGCUGCGAACCCUGGAGCAUGAGAGGAGGGAAGGUGGGCAGGAGUAUGUGGUCAAGGAAGUCCUCCGUAUUGAGCCGGAUAAGGCACAGGCAGAGGAAAUCCUGAAGUUGAAAGAAGAGCUGGAGGAUCUCAAGAGGCAGGAAGGGAACCGUCAGAAUGAGAUGGCUCUCCUGCGCCACCAGGUGGAUGCUCUUUCCAAUGAAAAGAACAAGGAGCAGGAGAAAGUGAUGGAAAAAGAAGUAGUGAAGCUGCAGAACGACCCCCAGCUGGAGACAGAGUAUCAGCAGCUGCAGGAGAACAAACACAGGGAGAGUACACUGCGGAAGCAGCAAGAGGAAGAGCUUCGCUUCUUGCAAGACAAACUGAAGCGGCUGGAGAAAGAGCGGGCGAUGGCCGAGGGCAAGAUCACUGUCAAGGAGGUGCUGAAAGUGGAGAAGGACCUAGCAACAGAAAGGGAAGUGAGCGAGCUGCGACGGCAGUAUGAAGACGAGAAGGCCAAAGGCCGCUCCAAUGAGAGGGAGAAAGCAGAGCUACUCAGGCAAAUCCAGGCUCUGGAAGAGGAGAAUGCCAAAGUGAUUGUCCAGGAGAAAGUCCGGGAGAUUGUCCGUCCAGACCCCAAGGCUGAAAACGAAGUGGCUAACCUUCGCCUAGAACUGGUGGAGCAGGAAAGGAGAUACCGGGGUGGGGAAGAGCAGCUGAAAACUUGUCAGAAUGAGCUGGCUGCCCUGAAGAAAAGAGGGCCCCUGGUGGAAGUGCAAGAGGUUAUCAAGGAGGUUAUAAAAUACAAGGCUGACCCAGAGACUGAGAUGGAGCUUCAGUCUCUCAGGGACGAGAUUGUGGACCGGACCAGAGCAAUUGAGAGGGCGGAUCUUGAGAUCUAUCAGCUGAAGCAAGAAAUUCAGACCCUGAAAGAUGCCAAGCCUCAAGUCCAGACGAAGGAAGUAGUGCAGGAGGUGCUGCAGUACCGGGAAGACCCCCAAACGAGAGAAGAAGUGGAGUCCCUGAGAGCUCAGCUGGCUGAAGAGCAGAAGAAGCACCUGGACCUGGAAAGGGAGAGGAAGUUGCAGGAUGAGAAGAUCAGACAGAAGGAGGAGGAACUCUCUCAAGUGAGGGAGAAGGUGGUGCAGCAGGAAGUGGUAAAACUGGAGCAGGACCCUGCUUUGAAAGCAGAGGUCAGCUCCUUCUCACAGAGCAUAGAGAAUGAGCUGCAGCAGAUUGACUCACUCCGAAACGAAAUGCGCAAGCUGCAGCGGAGGAGGUCGGAGCUGGAGCGCCAGCUGGAUGAGCUGGAGAAAGAGAGGCAGGCACGGCGGGAGGCAGAGCUGGAGGUGCAGAGGCUGAAGAUCAGGCUGAGCGAGCUGGAGGAGCAGGUGAAGGAGACAACAGAGAGAGUCACCGUGAAACAGAAGGUGAUCCUCCAACAAGAUCCGCAGCAGGAGAAAGAGCACGCUCUGCUUAAGCUGGAGCUGGAGGAAGAAAAACAUAGGAGGCAAGUCCUGCAGGCCGAGUUGGAAGCCCUGCAGAAGAAACUGCAGGCACUGGAAAAGAUGGAAGUCAAGGAGAAAGUAGUCUUCUCUGAGAGCAUCCAAGUGGAGAAAGGAGACACUGAAUACGAGAUUCAGAAGCUGAAGAACAACCUGGAGGAGGAAAGCCGGCGGAAGAUGGAACUAGACACGGACAUCAACAGGCUAGAGGCCAAGUUGUCAGAAGUGGAAUUCAACAACUCCAAGUCUUCCAAGGAGCUGGACUUUUUGAGGGAGGAAAACCACAAGCUGCAUCUGGAAAAGCAGAACCUUUUGUUGGAGAUGCGGAGGUUGCAAUCGGAGAUUGAACUCACAGUAACAGAAACCCGGGAUUUAAGAAACAUGUCACAGGUGGACAGCGGCGUGAACCUAGACUCCCGGUUCCAGGCUUUGGAGAGAGAGCUGGAUGAUCUGAAGAGGUUAUCUCAAGACAAAGACAACGAGAUUGAACAGCUUCAAAACCGUCUUCAGACAGUAGCUAUCAAGAGGGAGCAGAGAGAAAAUCACUUGAGACGUUCCAUUGUGGUCAUUGAUCCAGACACUGGGAAAGAGAUGUCACCAGAAGAAGCUCACAGGUUCGGGCUUAUUGAGUGGAGCUUGUACGUCAAAUUGAAGAGCCAAGAAUGCGACUGGGAAGAGAUCACAAUGAAAGGGCCAAGUGGCGAAUCUUCAGUAAUCCUUGACAGGAAGUCAGGGAAGAAGUUCUCAAUUGAAGAUGCCUUGAAGAAUGGAAGGUUAACCAUGGCUCAGUACGACAGUUACCUCAACAAGGAGUUGUCCAUCCAGGAGCUGGCUGUCUUGGUGUCUGGACAGAAAUAGCUGCUUCAAGAGAGAUGUUGUUUUUUUUUUAAAAAAAGAACUAUUCUUAAGCAGCUGGUCUAGAGCUGUACCGAAUGUUACAAACUUGGACAUCUACUACCUGUUGCUUCCAAUAGGUGUAUAUUCCCCAAACCUAGUGCCUGCUCUCCAACGUUAGGGUGCUUUUAAGCUGCACUUACUUGCUUUUAUCAAAAAUAUUUAUGACUUGCCACCCCAGGCCAAUGCUCCAGUUUGCCAAAGUUGCAUGUUACUUUUGUCCCCGCCAGUCAGUGGCAAACCCCUCUGUGCACUGGGGUGGCAGGGAGUGGGUAGAAAUCAAAUGAUUACCCAAUGCUAUUUUUGAAUGAGAGCUCUCCAGCUUGGCUUUCCAAGCUCAUGUGGUCUCUACUAACACAUUCCCUUAGUGAAGUAGCUAAGAGUGAUAGCUGAACACUUGUGAAAUCCCACCUGAAUCUCAACUUAAUCUUGAACUGAUUUGGUGAGCCAUUUCCCCCCUACGCCCCUUCACCCAGGAGUAGCAAAUCUAGUGCACUUCAGAUGUUGUUGAACUCCCAACUCCCCACCAGCAUGGCCAAUGGCCAGCGAUAAUGGGAGCUGUAGUUCAACAACUUCAGGAAGGCAUCAACAUUGACUAACCCUCAUCUCUGCAAUGUGUGGAGAAACACUAGCAUUAUCUUACAGGGCUGUUGUAAGGACAGCUGAGUUUAUGUGAAACUCUCUGAGCACUCUAAAGUACUAUAUGCAUAUAUUGUUACCGCAGGAACUGGUUUUUACUCCUGGAUGUUAUUUAAAGACAAUACUAAUAAAGCCAAAGGAAGAAUAAACUCACCAGUGGAGACCCAGUAACCAGCUACUGCGAAGAAUAGCAGUCUAAAGGCAGAUGCUGUUCAAUGCUAUGCUGUGAUCAUUGAAUACGUUUGUAGAAGCUUCAGCAUAAGAUGACACUUAAGCACAGUGCAACUCCUUUCUACAUAAUAAACUGUCAGACUCUAGUAUGUAGUCCAAGAUAGUGAUUAUCAUUGUGUAACUGAGACAGUAAACGAUAUGUGUGUGUAUGUUUAGAGUGACCUGCUUAUCUUUCAAGUCAUACUUGUGUAGGGAAGCUCCAGUCCUUAAAAAGGAAAGGAGGUUAAAUAGAGGGUGCUGCAGUUAACAAUCCCCAAAAGUGCCUCUCAUUCCAUUGUCACGGUUAGAAUGGAACACUGGGUACUUAUGAUAUUUGUGCUGGUGUUUGCUUAGUUGUUAUUUGACUGUAUGAAUUCUCAAAGUAUGCAUUGUAGAAGGGAAUGGGAAAUUUUAUUUAUGCACCCAAAUAAAUGAAAAAAUACUCUGCAGCAAUCUAACCUGAUGAUUUCCUCCCAUUUAAUAUUUGCCAUUUCAUUUGUUCACAUAAAAGAUACGAUAUGCAGGGCGUCUCACUGCAUCUGGUAUGUACACCACUGCUUGUAAAAGGACAUAUAAAGUGGAGAACGUUGGCAUUUUCACAGUUUGUAUAGACAGGCUGUGUGACACAAAUCCAAGCAGGUGCAGAAAAAGGAUGGAGACUGUCAUCUCAGCUGCUAGUUUUUCUGAGGUCAUGGGCCUAGUGCAAUCUCCAGGCUCAGUAGAACUGCCAGGAUCCAAGGGCCUGACUAGCUCACAGUCCCUCUACCUGACAACAAAAACAAAAUAAAUUGUGCACAAUGUACACAGGCUGCAGAAUUUAAAAUAAUUCAAUACAAGCAGCCCCACACAUAAAUACCAAGACGGCUGGCAGUAUGGUUUGGGGACGAGAGACAGGAUUUUCUUAAGCCUUCGGAAAGCUUAAAAAACAAAACAGCCAUGCUGCAUUUCCAACACAGCUCAAAGGAAGCAGCCUUGUAACAGGUCAAACUAUUUGCUCAUCUACUCUAACUGGCAGAGUCUCAGGUAUGGGAACAUGAGAAGCUGUCUUAUGCUGAGACAGACUACUGGACCUAUCUGUCUCAGGAUUAUUGGUACUUACUAGCAGCAGAUUUUCAGGGUUCCAGACAAGAGUCUUUUCCCCACCCUGCUUGGAGAUGCCAAGAAUUGACCCACAGACUUUCUGCAUGCAAAGCGGCUGCUCUGCCACUGAGUUAUGGUCACCUCUUUGCCUUUUCUUUGAAAAUAAAGAGAAUGAAAACAGC